CCUAACCCCAGUGAGUGUAGCUGAGGAGAGUGUGAGCAUGCUUGGAAGCCCAGCCCAAGUGAAUGACUGCAGGGGAGGGGAGUGCAUGCUAUCAAUCCUAACUCCACUGAGGGUGGGAGAGAGUUUGAGCAUGCUCCGUGCUAGGAAGGAAGAGGAGGAGCUGGGCUGUGCUGGAGUCAUCAGCCGGUGACAGAAGGAGACAAACUCAUAGAUGAGGGAGCGGCUCUCACUCUCUGUGACUCCUAGCCCUCAGAACCUUGCGAUAUAUUCUACUAGCUCUCAGCUCUCGGUGAUAUACUCUACCAGCUCUGUGAACCCGCUGAUAUACUCUACCAGCUCUGUGAACCCGCUGAUAUACUCUACCAGCUCUGUGAACCCGCUGAUAUACUCUACCAGCUCUGUGAACCCGCUGAUAUACUCUACCAGCUCUGUGAACCCGCUGAUAUACUCUACCAGCUCUGUGAACCCGCUGAUAUACUCUGUGAACCCGCUGAUAUACUCUCAGAACCCGCUGAUAUACUCUACCAGCUCUGUGAACCCGCUGAUAUACUCUACCAGCUCUGUGAACCCGCUGAUAUACUCUACCAGCUCUGUGAACCCGCUGAUAUACUCUACCAGCUCUGUGAACCCGCUGAUAUACUCUACCAGCUCUGUGAACCCGCUGAUAUACUCCAGCUCCUGGACGCAGGAUGACUGUCGGCAGGAAGCUAUUCCCUUUGCUUGUUUUACUGCUGCUCACUGAGAAGGUGAGUGUGAGCUCCUGGGGAGAGAGUCUGUGUGAGCUUUAACUUAUUGAGUGAUAGAUACGGUGACUGCUGGCACCGCUAUGGCUUUGGGUGACAUAUUGCUUUUCUUAUAGAACUGAAUUAAAAAAAAAAAAAAAAAUUCUCCUAAGUGUGUAUAGAUAAAUUGGGAUUCUACUGACAGUGUGCGUCCUGCAUCACUCAGCCCAUGAUAUAUACACACACACUCAUUCAUCAUUAAGUAUGUCACAAAUUCAUACAGUAACUCUUGGACUCGUAUGCUUACAGGACGUGAAUAUAAUAACUAGCACAUGGUAUAUUGUCAGUAAGAAGAAAUCCAGAGUUAUUCCCAAGAUAUGACUGGCUGCUGGACUUGGCUGUCCUUGGUUAACUGAUGGCUGCUGGCUCCUUCAGACAGGAUAGAUACCGUAAUUAUGGGAUAAAGAUGUGAUGAGAGAGAGCAUUGAGUUAUACAACUAUUACUACAGGGAGAAUAGACUGUAAAGCACUGCUCUAGUAAUCAGCAAAUCAGAGGUUGUAGGGUUGUAAUAGACCUGUCCUGUCACUUAUUUCAUUUUUUUUACCAAAAAUGUUAAUAUUUACUAUUAUAUCUGUAAAGAGAUAUUUACUUUUUUUGGGGGAUAUGCUAGUGCUGUGUGUGUAUAUCUAUCUAUAUUUUACUUGAUCUACCUGGUUGGUGUUUUUUUCUUCAGUGGGAAGGUGCUGCAUUGUAUGGUGACAGAGUAAACAGGUAGUGACAUAAUGGUGACAUAAUAAACAGGUAGUAAUGUAUGGAUCACCUCUGUGCAGUCUGGGGGGCUUAACUUCUGGCAGAAUGGGACAUGUAUAUCCUGGUGCUGCCUGAGGUUUGUUGGACAUCAGGCAGGUGAAAUACUGCUGGAUACUGUAACACUCAAUAAUCUUGUGCAGUACUGAGACUUGUACAUGUUCACAUAAAUCAAUUAUUCCAGAGCUCAUAGUAUGGCGACUUCACAUGAUUGAUGAGCACCAAGACACCUGGAAGUAAUUCCUGUUUGACUUGGCAAGUCCUGAUCUGGGUCAUUUUUAGGGAAAUGGGUCAGACACGUUUUAACAAAUAUAUUAUUAUUCAAUAUACUUAUUCAGAAACUGCCAGGAUAUAUAAUCUAGCAUAAAAUGUGUACAAUUAAUAAAAUGUUCUGUUUCUGUAAACUGCUGUAUGAACCAGUGUUGGACCUGAACUCAAAUAAUCCAUUGCAGUCUACAAUCUCUCUCUUACACUUUUUUACCUUCACAUUUUUCCAUCCUGCCUCAUUUCUUUCUUAAACUUGCCAUGUCACAUUUCUUCCCCAUGCACUAUGACCACUACAGUGAUUUGAAGUGGUCAUGGUGCCUGGAGUCUGUAUGUCCAAUAACUGGCUGGUGGGAUCAACAUCCAGCUUCUGCAACUCUACUAAAGCGGGUUGUUGUCACAGCCAAGAGGAAAGAAACCUCUGUUCCCGUCAGGAACCAGGUAAGAUGGCAAACCGUUGCCAAAUCAUUUGCGCCAUUACUAGGGAAUGGUAGCAGCUUGCUCCUACGUUCAAAACUAUCACAGGGCUGUAGUCAUUAAGAGGCAUAAUUGUGUACAUGUGACUCUCUAGCACAGAGGUUUCUCAAUGAGAGGCCUCUGAUCGCAGUAUUCCCUGGCAGAAACUGAAGAUUUGUGCAGAGAUAAACAGGGAGGGUUUGCAAAGGCUGCAGACAGCAAGUAUGUAUUUUUUUGCAAGGUUUUUUUAUGCAUCACCAAAGAACACCCAAAAAAAAAAAAAAAAAAUGCAUGACUCGGGCACCAUCUAUCCAGGGGAUGGUUGUCUGCGAUAAAUUACCCACCCAAAUAAAGACUCAACACAAGUUUGUAGUUUGAAGAGGCCACAACUUUUAUUUCUAAUACACAUUGUGACAAAAUAUCCUUAAAAAUGCAAAACACAUGUUUCUUAAUAUUUUAAUAUAAAAAUGCAUAACCAAUUUAUUUAAAAAUAUAUUAACUUAAAUAACAUUAAUAACUUUAAGAGCAUAGCGAGCUCCCGCUAGAAUUGGCCUAGGCGCAUACGCAACAGUAUAUUAUGAUUUAAUAACCUGUAGCAAUAAUCCUAGCACAGUGGUGCCAUUAACCAGAUAAUUCCUCAGGGUCCAUGAGAAGACUACAGUGCACUUAAAUUAGCCCUCCAUGUGAGGGAUACGACAUGCUCUCAUGACAAUUCACUUGCGAAACUACACCAAUGUUCAAUUAACCAUGCACAUAUUGGGAGGGAGGGAGGGCGGGAAAUAAUAGGUACAUUUUUUUUUUUGGGGGGAAAGUGACUUGCCAUGAAGGGACCUGGUUUAAGUAGAGUUCUUAGCCACUAACACAUUGGCUCUCCAACAUGUCACUCUGGGCAGCCUGUCACUCAAAGCUGUUGUUUACCAAAAACCCAUUCAUUUAACUAAAUAUCAAAACCCCUUCUCCAAAUCUGGGCCUAUUAAUGUAGCCCUUACUGUUUAUUAUUUAAAAUCUAGGCCUUUACUUGUUUGUGGCUAUAUCUAAUAAAUUGUUAAAUGGCUUGUUCCUUUAAGCAGUUUAUGUAAGCAGAUUUCUGAUGUCACUCUGUGGUCAGAGCUCUGUGCUGUGAUCAUCUGCAGACAUAGACCAUCAUCCUUGGUAUCUUGAAUAGUCUAGUGCUACUGAAUGUAUCAGAACCCUGUGUAAUUCCUGGGGAGCAGCUCUAUUAGAUAUUUUAAGAUUACAUGAAGGAGCAGCGUGCGUCAGCAGAAGAACACACACCAAGUGCUUCUUCUACCCAAAUUGAGGCUGAGCAUUGGUGAUUAUAUAAUGCUACAAGCCAGUUCCUACCUUGAAGUUACUACAUGAGGCUGUUGGUAAAUGGCUGACUCCAUUAAAUAAUUACCAUCAAUAAUCAGUCAGGGAAGAGUGGAGAUUGCCUCCCAAGUGUUUCAAAGAAUAGUGGCCAUGAACCUAGGAAUUCGGCAAAUAAAUGAAAAUGGACCAUGAGGCACAUCAUCACAGAAUGAUAUGUAUAUAUACAUUUCAGAUCAGCACUUAUGACUAUGAAUAAAAUAUUCCUAAUUCAUAUAAUCCAGAUUAUCACUAACCCGUGAGUGGUUUACAACGAUCUUGAAACUAUAAUUUGUAACAAAUUUGAAGAGAAAAUGUAUCCAUUUGUGGUUUAAAUUUUAUUUUGAACAAAGACACAAAAAAUACAUCAUCACAGGACAUGUAUAUAUUCCAUCGCUGCUUGCUUCUUUAAAAUAAUUAUUGUAUUCUUCCAAAGUAGUUAAAGAUCCAGACAAACUGCAGCAUAAACAGGCUCCCAGCCCAAGUCUUCAAGUUGUGUUUAAUGCUUAAUUAGCACUUCCUCAAAUGUAUUUUGUCCAAUGCAGUUGAUAUAGAGUUUUGUGCCUCUUAGUUAGAUUUCUUUCAAACAGUUAGAUUUUUAUUUUUUUUAGUACUCAUUUUCUACCUGUAUGUAGGUAGUGUAACACCUGAAACCUCUGAAAGGUACGUUCCCUUUUUCUAGCUUCUUAUUUUUUUUUCAUUAGGCAGAAAAAGGAAAUAGUGACAGUAGAAGUACUUCUGAAUAAAGUGGCACUAUCAUCCCACCCUGAAAAAAUAGUAUUUUAUUAAGAUAGAAAUACUCAUAUUGACAUUGUCUCAGUAUUGCUACUACAUCUGACACUUCUAGACACUGGGCAGAACUACCGCCAUCUACAAGUGUCAAUUCCCCCAGUUGUCACCAGUGACGGCUGCAGGAAAUUGGCUUUAUCUAUGGAAGAUUUGGUGGCCUUACGGGAUCCUCCAUAGACCUCAAUGCUGUACUCUCGUGCAUGUAUGAGAGUACAGCAGUAACAUCUGCUUCUGGUGCUGAAGUAGACCCGCUAGUAGAAGAUGGCGGCGUCCUCAACGAACAGGUUCAGGUAAGGAAUGCCCUGCCCUGUACCCCUCCUCCUGAGGCCACCGACUAGUUUAACUUCUCAUUCUGUGUACAGGUUAUUGUACCUUUCUUUCCACCAAAUGUUUGCCAGUAUACAUUUAUUCCAUAUAAAGAUCCAACCUUAAUAAAACUAUUCAACUUGGUUAAUAAUAAAAUGUAGUUAUUGCAGUUCUUGCAAAACAUGCCUUUUUUGGAAGUUUUUAAAGGAACACUGUAGUCACCAGAACAACUACAGCUUAUUGAAUUUGUUCUGGUGAGGAGAAUCCUUACCUACAGGCUUUUUGCUGUAAACACUCUUUUCAGAGAAAAUGCAGUGUUUACAUUACAGCCUAGUGAUAACUUCACUGGCCACUCCUCAGAUGGCUGUUAGAGAUCCUUCCUGGGUCAUGGCUGCUUAAAAUGCAUCCAAACAUUCAGUGUCUCCUCCCUCUGCAUGUAGACACUGAACUUUCCUCAUAGAAAUUCAUUGGUUCAAUGUAUCUCUAUGAGGAGAUGCUGAUCGGCCAGGCCUGUGUUUGAAUUGUGCUGGCUCUGCCCCGUAUAUGCCUAUUUGUCAGUCUCUGCCAAUCCUAUGGGGAUGCACUGUGAUUGCCUCAGAACACCACUUCUGAUAAUGGCAGUGGGCAGGUCUAAUGGAAACAGGGACAAAGCCAGCAGCUCCAGACUUGAAUACAAGUAAGAUUUUACUAUUUUAGGGAAGCAUGAGGGGACCAGGGUGGCUAGAUGGUGCUUUUAAUCCUAUAGGGUCAGGAUCAGGUAUAGUGCUCCUUAAACAAACAGUAAAGCGUUAAGAAUAAAAUACAUUUAGAUUCAGAGACCACCCACCAAACUGACUUGAGAAAAUUAGGGGAAAAAGAAGUGGCAUCCCUUACUUGAUUUUCCAUCAACGAGAGUCCAUGCAGCGAUCUGCUCCUCCUCUGACGUCAUGCAGACUCUUUUUCUCAAGAGCCACACUUCUCCAAUCAAAUGCUCUUUGUGAGAAGCAUAUUAGAAGAUUAGCCGUGAGAAUGGAGUUUGAUUCGGUUCUCACCGCAUUACUCUAGUGACGGUCAGGAGGACUCCCACAAAAGCUGUUUAACCUUGCGAUCAGAAUAUUGGUGUAUCUACUAAAUGGCAAUGUUUUAGAUUGCAGGGGUUAAAACUAAACUGCCACUGCACCCAGACCACUUCAUAGAUAUGUCCAGGAGCCUAUAAGAAUUUGUAUUGUUUCAUGUUUAAAAUGGGUUACACUCCAUAAUGUGUUUUAGGAUUAAAUGCAUUCUACAGAUAAUACCUUGAAAAUCCAUAGGAAAAUUAGAUAACACCUUCAAAUCUCCAGUUAUUUUUACAAAUCUUAAUAAUUUGCAACUUUUUGCCCAUACUUGGUUAGUGGCUGUCUUAGUCAUUAUAUAUAUAUAUAUAUAUAUAUAUAUAUAUAUAUAUAUAUAUAUAUAUAUAUAUAUAUAUAUAUAUAUAUAUAUAUAUAUAUAUAUAUAUUAUUUAUUUUUAAAUGGGAACUGAAAUUAUUGUAAGAAUGUAUGCGCUAUGUAUCUCAAGCCUCCACAGGAGCUCAAUUUAUUAGAAAAAGUUAAUGAAACAAAUGCCAAAACUGACAGGAGCUCAUUGCAACAUAACUAGGCUGUUAUGUCCAUGUUUGUCCUCUUCCUUUUGAUUUAAAAGUGUAGCGGUUUAUUAAUAUUGUUGCUGCUAUAGAACCUCCUCACACUAGUACUGGGGUGGGGGGGGGUGCAGCUAUGGUUCCUCUUGGCAUUAAAAGUAGUUGUAUGACGUGCACCCAUAAGCCAGACACACGAAAAGACUCCCUUCCUUUUUUUUUUUUUAAGCUUUGUCAUUGUUCUGAGGGAGUCUUUACUGCUCAGCUUUUGUUAGCAAUUUAAGCCAUUGAAACAAACAUAUGGUCGAGUACAUACUUAAAGGGACACUCCAGGCACCCAGACCACUUCUGCCCAUUCGAGUGGUCUGGGUGCCAACUCCCACUACCCUUAACCCUGCAAGUGUAAUUAUUGCAGUUUUCAUAAAUUGCAAUAUUUACACUGCAGGGUUAACGCCUCCUCUAGUGGCUGUCUACUAGACAGCCACUAGAGGGCACUUCCUGGUUCAUAGCACAGAUUUUCUGUUCUAUAGCGUCGCUGGACGUCCUCACGCUAUGUGAGGACCUCCAGCGUCGCUGAAACCCCCAUAGGAAAGCAUUGAAAGCAUUUUUCAAUGCUUUCCUAUGGGGAGGUCUAAUGCGCGUGCACGGCAUUGCCGCGCAUGCGCAUUAGGUCUCACCCCGCCGGCGGCCGCGCGUGCACAAUCGGUCUCCCCCGCCAGAUGACGUCGGCGGACCCUGGAUUAUCGCCGAGGGACAUCGUUGCUGGACUCUGGUAGGUCACUGAAGGGGUCGGCACUGGAGUGUCCUUUUAACUAAUUUAGAUCCCAUUUCUCCAGGGAAAAAGUCCUAAUAAAAAUGGAAUAAAGACCAAGAAGGCAGAUGUUGAACCUUAUGCAAAUAUCUUUAGAUGUUAUCACGGUGUUCAGCAAUAACAGUGUUAAAGUAACACUGUAGGGUCAGGAACACAAAUGUAUUCCUGACCCUAUAGUGUUAAAACACUAUCUAGCCCCCCCUAAUAUCUUACUUUUAUACCAGUCUGCUGCUGCUGGCUCUGGCCCUGAUCUCCCUGCUUGGCUGACAUUAUCAGAAGUGAUGAUCACAAUACUUUUCCAUGGAAUACAAGCCAGCACUAGCCAAUCAGCAUCUCCUCAUAGAGAUGCAGUGAAUUAAUAGAAACAUAGAAUGUGACGCAGAUGAGAACCAUUUGGCUCAUCUAGUCUGCCCAAUAUUCUAAAUACUUUCAUUAGUCCCUGGCCUUAUCUUCUGUCUAGGAUAGCCUUAUGCCUUUCCCACACAUGCUUAAACUCCUCCACUCAUCUCUAUGCGGAAAGUUCAGAGGAGUUGGUGGAGACACUGCGGUCACACUGUGCAGCACUGCCCCAGGAAGCAUCUCUAGUAGACAUCUGAGGAGUGGCCAGUGAAGACAUCCCUAGGCUGUAAUGUAAACACUGCCUUUUCUCUGAAAAUACAGUGUUUACUUCAAAAAGCUUGAAUGGACUGAUUCCACUCCUCAACAAAUACUACAAGCUGUAGGUGUUCUGGUGAUGGUAGUGUCCCUUUAAGAUGUAUGGUAUGUGUUUUCCGAUGCACACAUAAAGAAUUGAAGAGAAAAAAAAAAAAUUAUUUAGAUUGUCUCUGAAAUUAAAGUAAAUGCUCUUAGUUUGUUCUUAUACUAAAAUAGUUUUUAACCAUUGUAUUUUACAUGUUUAGUUCUGUCUGCUAAUUUUGUUGUCUUGAAAGAUGCAACACAGCCUCUCACGCUUCCAGUAACUGAAUCUAGUCAUCUCAGCUGACUGUCAUGUGCCCAGCAGUGAAUGCUGACUAUUGACAUGUGGAAGUCGAUUGAACACAGUGCUUUUGUGCACAGUCACUUCUUUCUGAAUGCUGAUGGCAUAAUUUGUUUGGGAGAAUUAUCUGCCCUUUUUGGAACUUUGAUAUUCUGCUUUUAAAACAGGAAUAGGGAAUGUACAAGCACUUUUAAAUUUUUUUUUGUAAAUUAGAAUUUUAUAAAUAAGCAAAUACCAUAAAAGGACUCUGUAGUGGAGCUCCUAUACCCCGGCUGGGUAUCUCUGCUGAAAUAUCCCUCAAGCUGGAAGAAAGAGCUGAAUAGUGUUAUAGCCCUUAUUCCCCCACUUGAUGACGACACUUGAUGUUAGGACAGUGACAAACUUUAUUGGGACAAUGCAACCUUUUAUACACAGACCCCCGGCAGGAGGUUUUCAUUGUGGACAUCCCUAGUGUCUUGGUGUUUGGGAGACGCCCAUCUUUAUCUCCUGGAUACAGAGAAGCCCAAAAAACUGAGAACUAUACCGAACAUUCACAUGGACAUUGUUGGAAAGGUCUGAUCCGAGCACUCAUUCUGGCAAAAGAGCACUCGCAUCCAUAAGGAAUUGGGGAAACGCCACCAGAAUAAAGCUUGGACAGGCCGCUGAAUCAUGGCCGAAAUUAGUUCCACAAGUUCAGUGCCAAUGGGGGGGUCAUUUUAUGGUAGCUCCCCCUGGCUUUCAGGGAGCGAUUGAAGACCUAUCGGGUUACUCCGGUUUCCUGGAGCUGUCUGCAGACAGGGUGGGGAAGAGUGCUUGGAUGUAGUAAAGGGAGGGAAGGUAGAGAAAGCCAGUGUUAGUGUCAUAGACUCUUGGAAGCAUUUUAUGGUCCCAAGGCAGGUACUGCCACUGACACGCAGGUCCCCUGAAGUUACCGUAAUUUGUAAAAAAAUUUAACCCCUUAAAGGGACACUAUAGUCACCUGAACAACUUUAGCUUAAUGAAGCAGUUUUGGUGUAUAGAACAUGCCCCUGCAGCCUCACUGCUCAAUCCUCUGCCAUUUAGGAGGUAAAUCCCUUUGUUUAUGAACCCUAGUCACACCUCCCUUCAUAUGACUUGCACAGCCUUCCAUAAACACUUCCUGUAAAGAGAGCCCUAUUUAGGCUUUCUUUAUUGCAAGUUCUGUUUAAUUAAGAUUUUCUUAUCCCCUCCUAUGUUAAUAACUUGCUAGACCCUGCAAGAACCUCCUGUAUGUGAUUAAAGUUCAAUUUAGAGAUUGAGAAACCAUUAUUUAACUGUUUGAAAGUGAAACCAUUUUUUUUUUUCUUUCUUCAUGCAGGCUCUGUCAAUCAUAGCCAGGGGAGGUGUGGCUAGGGCUGCAUAAACAGAAACAAAGUGAUUUAACUCCUAAAUGACAGUGAAUUGAGCAGUGACAUUGCAGGGGAAUGAUCUAUACACUAAAACUGCUUUAUUUAGCUAAAGUAAUUAAGGUGACUAUAGUGUUCCUUUAAGGACACAUGACAUGUGACAUUUCAUGAUUCCCUUUUAGUCCAGAAGUUUGGUCCUUAAGGGGUUAAAGCAACGCAGGGCUAAAAUAAAAAACAAACAAAAAAAAAAUAUCAAAGCAGUCUAAACAAAACUAAAAUAGAAUCAUAGGGUAAAUCUGUUAAACCAUGUGAUAAUAUAUAACAUCCUGGGGCCAUAUAGAAGCUGAAGUAAAAUCAAUGUACAUACAUCUAUUGACCAAAACAUCUCCCCUGUUCUCGGAGCAAUCACUUUUUUUUUUUUAAAUCUUUCUUUAUUCACAGGCCAGAUAGUAUACAAUACACUGGUAUGAAAAGAGAAGUCAAAACAAAGAACAAGAACACAGAUAUGCAUAAAGAUAUGAUAUAUCAUUGGGGGCUGUUUUUUUUUUUCUUUUCUUUUUUUUUUCUUGCGUAUAAUAAGUGAAGCGUCUAAACGAGAUGUUACCUAUGUCUUUAUGGAACAUAGACGAUAAUAAAAUAAGUAGCUGAAGGCAAGGAGCAUCUGAUGUCUUCGAAAGAGUGUAAGUAAAAUCAAAAGGUCGAAACCUUAAUUCAGGCUAUAGAGGCCAAAUCCCCCUCAUAACAAUAUGUAGAUUAAAAUACGAAAACAACUUAUAGGUGAGUGGGGGGUUGAUUAUGGUGUAAUAAGGGCUAUCAGUCGAUGCAAAGUCAGGUGUACUACAGAACAUUGUAUAUUUGCUAAAUGCCAAUUACAAAAAAUCAUAAAUAAUAAAUGCAGAAACAAUCACCAGAGAACAUAAGCAAAAUAAUAAAGUAAUGGACUGCAGGGUGGGUCACGGGAGAGUCAAGGCAUCAGGGCUACAGAGAGAUCUCCCCAGCGGGCCGCCGGCACAAACGGUCGAACCCUCUCAGGAUCCCAUGCUGCUGAAGUUGAUGGAGGUGUUUGGGUAGGUGACUCUGCUGUAUAAGUCCAAACUCUAGGAGGGUAUCAGCCUUUACCCCAAAAAAAAUGAAAAUAAAAGAGGGGGGGAAAAACCUAGGUAUUUAGUUAUAGACUGUGGCACUUUAUUAGACAUUCGGAUCCUGUAGUUAAGUAGGCCCCAGGUAACAUGCCUGGAGACUAAGGUACUUUCAGACCCGUUUCCUUAUAUCCAUUGUUUGGUCUGUGGGCUUCGGAGUUGCUCUGAUUUUAUUAUUUGGGUCAAUAUUAUUGACUCCGGGCUGACUACUAUAAUUUGUGACUAAUAGAGAAGUUGUUAAGGGUAGUACUGUAGGUCCCAGACGAUACUUCCGGUGACCGAAGUAUUUAUAGUUCACCUCUUUAAUUCAUUAGUCUUGAUGAUCCAAGCAAGCCAAUUGAUAUUUAGCUGACUGCUAUUAUUAGUGACUAACAGGGAAGCUGUUUGGUGUAGUAUGGCAGGUCCCGGAAUGCACUCCUGGUGCCUGAGGCAUUUAUUACACACCCCUUUUUAAUUUUGAUAAUCUAAACUAGCUAAUUUGGGACUUCUAAAAGGAAGAGUCUGCCAUUAGAACACAGUAAUUAUUUAAGAACACCACAAUAUCCAAAAAGGUUAUGGUGGGGAAAAAUUGUGAUUGAAAACCCCUUCCACCUGAAGUCUGUGGAAAGUUAAUACAAUGUUAAAAAUCUGUCAAGCCAUAAGACUUGCGUUUCCCACAGAAAAGGAUUCUGGGUGGGAAUAUGCAAAUGGCUUUAACAAAGAAUCACAUUUUUGCCUAAUUCCAUUUUAAACAUGGAUAUAUAUAUAUAUAUAUAUAUAUAUAUAUAUAUAUAUAUAUAAUGUGUGUGUGUAAACCUAGAUGCCAUAUGAGGGUUAGAAUAGCAAUAUUUCUUUGAGGUAUGUGGAGUCAUUUUAUCCAGUUUAUGGGUAUAAUGUUGAACACAUAAUUACACAAGUCUGUACUGCCUUUGUGGUAAUAAAAGGUCUCCCCUCUUUUCAAAUGUUAGAAGUGACCUCCGUAUUAGAAAGUAGAAAGUGUCUCCCGAUUCAAUAGCUUUAUUUUAAAUGAAGGGCUGUAAUAUUAGAAGGGAUUGGAAAUGAUUGAUGGGAUAUUUUGUAAAUACUUUGUUUCUGUCCUUUGUAUCUAAUACUUAAUGUACACUAAACCUUCUGACUCUGCAGGUACAGAGUCUGAACAUCACUAUAAACAUUCAUCUAUUUCAUUCUUUUUUUUAUAUUUUAAGGGAUCAUUUUUUGCAUAAUUAUUUCCUUAAAAAAACAAGCAAAAAUCCCUUGCAUUUUGUAAUUCUAUAUUUUUUUUUAGUAGAGAUAUAGAACUAGGCCAGUUCACUGGAGUAUGUUUUGUAAUUACAAUGUGCUGAUUUUGAAGGUUAUUGCCCUCACCCACAAGGCCAGAGUUUCCAGAUAACCUUGAUCAUGUGUAUCAUUAAAGCACUUGUUUACAUUCCAUUUGCAAGCUAAUGACCAAGUUGGUUUGUACUGCGUCACAGUCUGUGAAACGCUGCGAGGAGCCAGUCCUUGAUCUUUGACUGUGAACCAAAUCUUCUAAAAUAAUAAUAUACGUUAUAUGGCUUAGGCUAUCGCCACUCUAAUUUUCCAUUUGAAUGGUGUAAGUUCGUUUUCUGCUGGUAAUAAACAAUGUCUGCAACAGUGUGGGAUGAAUGAGGCCUCUGUGCUACUUCCCUUGGAUCGCUGCGCCCCCAUCUAUUUAGUAGGUCAUAGACAUGCUCGCCUUUCACAUUUUUUCUACAUUUGGAAAUGGUCAUCAUCUCGUAACUGCUUUUGUUUUUGUAUUUUGAACAAUACUUGUUUCGUCAAACAUGAGUUAUAUGGUUUAAAGGCAAAAUUCAAUGGUUUAUUUUGUGUAUUCGCGUAUUAUGAUGAGAUUUAUUGUACGUUCCAAUUUCAAGCGUAUUGCGUUCCAGCUUUAAAAUAAAACAAACUAUGAAAAGCCCCCAAAAAUAACAAAUUGGUUUACUAACUGGGUUAGUGAGUUUGAGGUCAGUGAAUUAUUCUCAUGUCACUUGUUAUGUUGUUGUCUUCAACAGGAAAUAUUUGCCAUGAAAUAUCACAAACCAAUCAGGAACACAUGUGCAUUUUGUUUUCUUUUUUUCCGUGAUAGAUGCAAUCACUUUUAAACGGAAUCGUUUUUUUUUACCCUACCCUACCCUAAGUUGGUAACAGACUUUUAUCAAACUGUAGCAAACAUCUGUGCCAAAAUGAUCUGAUAACAUAACCGUGAGCCAAACCAAAGUCUGCAGACUCUAGUAACCAUGCAAAUGAUUAAAACUUGCUAAUUUUAAUGGAAAAAUUUAUAUUUGCCCUCUGCCUCACUCCUAAUGAGGGGGUGUAGAUGAUCUGGUAGUGUGAAGUGAAAGACUUCCCUGGAAAGUUAUACUUAGAUUGGAGACUGUGUGAAUUACCUACAGGUAUUUAUAAAAAAUAUGAUUUGAAAAGUGAUGCAAAAUUGUAAAAGUGGAGUAAUCACCAUUGGAAUGUACUUGAUUUUACUGGUUUCUAUGGUUACUUUUCAGAACAUGACAAGUAUCCUCCAGAAUAUCUCUCUGGGCCACAGCUAGAUCUCCCCCAGAUUGCCAGCAAGUGGUCUGCCAAUCUGAGUGUAAGCAGAAAGCAUUGCGUUGCUCUGGGUUGUCUUAGAGCAGCUUGUUGAACCAAAGCUCACGUCUGUGCUGCUAGGAAGCUCAUUAAAGUACAGUCCCACUGCCUUAUCUGACAGCUACUCUUUGCAGUAAUGUGUAAUAUUUGUAUUUAUAAAGCUCCAAUGGAGGGUACAUUUGGCUUUUUGCUGUAAAGUUUUCUCCCUUUUUUACAUAGCACGAUCAAAUUCUGCACCGCUAAACACUAUUGGCAAAAAGGUAUUGAGAAACCCAACUGGCCCAGACAGAUUUACAGUAGAUUCCAUUUGUUCUGCUUACACUCUUACAAUUUAGAGGCAUUUGAUUUAAGGUAUUAGGGGCCACUUUUAAAUGUAUUUAUGUCCUAUUCUCUCUUAAAGUUCCGUACAGGGUCUGAGAUAUUUUCAUUGAAGCUGAAUUACUAAAAUUGUCACAUACAGUAGACAUGUAAAUUAUAGGUGUGUAUAUAAAAUAAGCAUGGAAAAAGUAAAGCCACUAUUACAAGGGUCUAACUGCUCUAAGCGUCCCUAAAAACAGUUUCAUUGGGUAGCAAGGAUAAAAAACAAACAAAAAAACUCUGGAAAUUCAAUUAGAAAAAAAAGUAUACCUUUCUAAAUAAAGUCUCCCUUUUUAUAUUAGCUUAAAAAGUUAAAAAUUAAAAAGUAUAUUUUAAGAAUGCAGCUUUAUGAAAAUGUAGAAAGUUAGUGCAAAGGUAUAAUACAUUACUACCUACUUCUAAGCUGGCAGGCUGGCAUAUUUCAUACAAAGGCAAAUACUCUUCAUUAUUAUUAUUAUUAUUAUUAUUAUGUUAUUAUUUAUAUAGCGCCAACAAAUUCCAUAGCGCUGUACAAUGGGUGGACUAACAGACACAUAAUUGAGAUCAGACCACUGACGUACAGGAACAGAGGGGGUUGAGGACCCUGCUCAAUGAGCUUACAUGCUAGAGGCAUGAAUCAGAUAAACUUUGUUUCAUUAACAAUUCUAGGCAGACAUGUUAAAGAUUCUGGUACUUAAUGGGACACUAUAGGCAGCAAAACAACUACAGCUUUUUGCAGUUGUUCUGGUGAGUAUAUUCAGUUCUUGCAGGCAUUUUGCUGUAAACACUGCCUUUUCCGAGGAAAGGCAGUGUUUACAUUGCUUCCUAAGGACACCUCCAGUGGCAGUCACUCAGACCACCACUAGACGCACUUCCUGGGGAAGUGCUGCACAGUGUGCAGAACGGACAUUCAGGGUCUCCACCCUCUGCAUGGAGACACUGAACUUUCCUCAUAGAGAUGCAUUGAUUCAGUGCAUCUCUACGAGGAGAUGCUGAUUGGCUCUGCACCCACCCCGCCUCCUUCGAGAUCAUCAGAAUUGCCAAUCCAAUGCUUUCCUAUGGGAAAAUAUGAAAAGAAUAUCAGAACAUGCAUGUGAUCAUAGGCCAUUUCUCAGAUGCAUAUAUUAGCAUAAUUAAGUGAUGUCAUGCAGGUAAAAGUGUGGGUUAUGGAAUGAGGAGCCAUUGGGAGGUGACAGUGUUUGUUAAUCAUUAUAAAUGUUAUAUUUACCAGCGUAAGUAAUAUUGUCACAAUACGAUACUAUUUUAAAUGUCAGUCAUUCUCCCCUUUGGCUUCCAUUUUCAGGCUGUAAUGUUCUGCCAUGUAAUUAACAUAAUUUAUAGUAAUGUGCUAGUUUGCCUUUAACAAAGAACACUUUGUGUUGUGUAUUUUAGUGCAUGGAAGCCUAAGAAACGGCAUUAAUUACGCCUUAAACACAAAGACAAUCUCAUUGUGAAGAGCGUUCCUUCUCGUUAGAGCAGAACAGAGAAAGAAGAGCUUAAAAGUGUUACUUCUGCUUUUUAGUGUUCUUUCAGGGGACCUGAUAGACGUAAAUAACAUUAGUUUUAAUUGAAGAUAAAAAUUAUUUCUGUGAUAUUUUUUGUGAUAUUACUUGAAACGUGAAUACAAAUGUCAAGCUUUAAGGGGCCAAAGUGGCGUUGCUGUUCACAGUCACAAACUUGCAUGGCGGGCAUUGGGCAGACUUGAGUGUUUAUUAUUUGAAGCAAAUUCAUAUCUCAGGGCUUUGAUUUAUCAAUACAGCCAUGAAGUAUACAUUUAUAUUAUCUGCUGUCUGUAGAGUAAGGCAUAUUAAUAAGAAAAAGUGAAGUUCUGGUUGCUGAGUUUUAUUUGGGAUAAAGAGUAUUGUGGCUUUCAUUUUCAUACACCAUCUCAUUAGUAAAUAUCUCCUGACUGUGCUUUAGAGGUCUGUGACAAGUUGUGUAAUGUGUAUGAAUGCCUGGGUUCAUCUUUAAAGGGACACUAUAGUCUCCAGAACAACUAGAGCUUAUUCAAUUUGUUCUGGUGAGUAGAAUCAUUACCUUCAGGCCUUUUGCUGUAAACACUGUCUUUUCAGAGAAAAUGCAGUGUUUACAUUACAGCCUAGUGAUAACUCCACUGGCCACUCCUCAGAUGGCUGUUAGAGAUCCUUCCUGGGUCAUGGCACCCAAACAUUCAGUAUCACCUCCCUCUGCAUGCAGACACUGAACUUUCCUCAUAGAGAUUCAUUUAUUCAAUGUAUCUCUAUAAGGAGAUGCUGAUUGGCCAGGGCUGUGUUUGAAUCAUGGUGGAUCUGCCCCUGAUCUGCCUCGUUGUCAAUCUCCGCCAAUCCUAUGGGGAAGCAUUGUGAUUGGAUCAGGCUACCACUUCUGAUGAUGUCAGCAGACUGCUUGUUUUUCUGAGGCAAACCGUAUGCAGAGUUACAGCUUCAGGAUUGAAUACGGGACCUGCCUGACAACCCAUGCCGAGAGUAAAGGGAAUUUAAUUUGCUAGCACUAUAUUUAACCCUAUAACUUACCAAGACACCAUAAAACCUGUACAUGGGGGGUACUGUUCUUCUCGGGAGACUUCGCUGAACACAAAUAUUAGUGUUUCAAAACAGUAAAAUGUAUUACAACGAUGAUAUCGCCAGUAAAAGUGAAGUUUUUUGCAUUUUUCACGCACAAACAGCACCUACACGGACGAUAUUAUUGCUGCGAUACUUUUUACUGUUUUGAAACACAAAUAUUUGUGUUCAGCGAAGUCUCCCGAGUACAACAGUACCCCUCAUGUACAGGUUUUAUGGUGUUUUCAAAAGUUACAGCGUCAAAUAUAAGGCUUGUGUUUCAUUUUUUUCACAUUAAAAUUUGCUAGAUUGGUUACGUUGCCUUUGAGACCCUAUGGUAGCCCAAGAAUGAAAAUUACCCCUAUGAUGGCAUACCAUUUGCAAUAGUAGACAACCCAAGGUAUUGCAAACGGGGUAUGUCCAGUCUUUUUUAGUAGCCACUUAGUCACAAGCACUGGCCAUUAUGGGUGUAAAUUUCAUUCCUGGGCUACUAUACAGUCUCAAAGGCAACAUAACCUAUCUGGCGAAUUUCAAUUUCAAAUGUAACGUGCUAUAUUUGACCCUGUAACUUCCCAAAACGCCAUAAAACCUGUACAUAGGGGGUUCUGUUUUACACGUGAGACUUUGCUGAAUACAAAUAUGUGUAUUUUAUUGCAGUAAAAGCAAACAGUAUUAUGACAUUGACAGUUAAAAUGUCAUGUAGAACUAAAAAAAUAAAAAAAAUCUUAUUUUCUCCCAUUUUUUUCAUAUUAAAUUAUGUUUCAUAGCUAAAUAUUUGAUAUUAAAUGAAAGCCCUGUUUCCCCUGAAUAAAAUGAUAUAUAAUAAGGGUGGGUGCAUUUACUAUGAAAGAGGUGAAUUACGGUUGGACAUACAUGUAGCGCAAAUGCCAGGUUUUGUUUACAUUUUGUUUUGUUCACAACGUGUACAUUUGGCUCCGUCCUUAAGGGGUUAAACUGCUAGAGGACCACUUCUUGGCCCCUAUUUCUGUAAAACGUUAUAACCCGUAUUCCGUGACUGACAAGUUCUCUGCUUAGUGCGAUGCACCUGUCUUGUUAUACUUGCUCAUGCUGUAACUAGUGAAUACUGUAACAUCCCAAAAACACCAUGCUUUCCUUUGGUGCUACCAUGAAAAUGUUUGCAUAAACCAUAGUAACAUUACUGUGAUUUUAAUUUUAUUGUUCCAUGUUAAGUCUAUUCUUUCUUAAGCUCUCUUUCAGGAACAAAAAUUGCCGGAGUGAAUUUGCCGGUAAAGUUCAAAUUUUGCCCCGAAUGUAAUGCGUUAGCGAAUCUAAUCCGCAUUCAAAUUUUGGAAACUUUAUUUUCCAGAAAAGGUGCGCGUUAGAUCUGAGUAAAUACGGUAGUUUAUUUACACCAACUAAUUUCUAAACACAUUAAUUGCAUUUUAUAUAAACAUAUGUACUUGUUUUGCCAUGAAGCUGGUUUUUGUUUCUUGGUCUUUCUUCCCAUUUUCAUUCUGGGUUGUUUGGUCGACCGUUACAGUGGUUAGGUGGCCGAAAAACAUUAUUUUGCACUGGGUAGGAACGGAGCCCAUCUACCGUGCGACCGCUUGGAUCGGCUGCUAAACUCCGCCCUCAAGCCUUGUUUUAAAGCAUUAAGUUUAAAGUCUGUUCACCUGCCCUUUUAGUAAAAUACCAUUCCACCUGAUUGAAGGGGACUUGGAAUGUGAAUUUGUAGGUAUGGUGUGGUGGACAGAAGAGAUCCAGUAACUGCAGUGAUGGAAGGUAAAUGUGAAAUUACAAUGAUAUUGUUAGAAGAUACUGUUAUAAGGAAGUGAGGAGUAGAAGUAUGUCAGAGGUUACGGAGUGUUAUCAUUGUGGCUCGCUUAAAGGUACACUACAGUGUUAGGAAUACAAACCUGUAUUCCCAAUGCUAUAGUGUUCUAGUAACUAGUUAGGUGAGGCCACCCACCAUAAAAAGAUGUAUUACCUUAUAUUACCCAAUGUGCAUGUCUCGGUGCAUUCACCCUGCCUCCCCGACAGAGGUUAUCAAUUAUGCUAAUCUCAGCCAAACCAUUGCUUUGCAAUAGUGUUGGGAGGCUAGUGUGCAUGCGUGACAAAUUGCUGCUCUGUGUCAAUCAGCAUCUCCUCAUAGAGAUGCAUUCUGUGUGAAUACACUGGACAUUAGUCCUGCAAUAAUUGCAGUGCUGAUCUCCGGAAUUCCCUCUAGUGGCUAGUCACCAGAGGUGGGCUUAGUCAACAAUAUAAUCACUGCAAAUGCCCAGAAAAGGUGGCGUUUACACCGUUCAGAUUGCAUACAUUCAUAUCUUUACGUGUAGGGUAUUUUGAUUUGACUGACAUCCACUUACAAUACAUUUAUAUUUUUAUAUGGAGGGUAUUUUGGUUUGAUGCUAUAACUGAACACAAUGUUAUCUAUCCCAGUGUUAUGCAGCCAAUAUUACAAUGAAUGAUGGAGCCACAACACCAGAUUGUGCAAAGAGUUGGCAUAAAAAUUAAAACAAAAGUGUGAACCCAGCAACAUUUUUUUUUUAACCACGAGACUUCUUGUCAAAGACGCCAUUGGUGGUUGAACUAUAUUCACUUCCACACUUAGGUGGAAUAUAGAUCCUAUUUGCUUAUGUCUGGUGUUGCGGCUCCAUAAUUUGGCUGUUAUAAGGGCCAGAGAGAACUUGGGACACUGCACCCAGGAAAACUAAAUUUAUUUAAUCAAUUAAAAACAUGCAUGAACAGGAAAAAUGAAAAUCAACCAAAGUAUGUUGAGGAACCUAGUGACGUGGACCUUUUUAUUUGCCCAAACGGUGUUAGAGGUCAACCAAUUAUUUUACGCAGUUUUCAUUUCUCUGAAAUGAGCUAUGAAAUAGGUUUGAGUGCUUGAACACAUUGUCUGCCUUACAAAGAUUCUGAUCUCUCGGAGGGUAUCAAAAAAAAGCGUGACACCCUACAUUUAAGUUUGCACUCAGCAGUGCUGAUAACACAGAUGGUCAUCGGUAAGAAUGACCAAUGAAUAAACAAGAUCUGUUUAAUAGCCAAAUAUAAUGCAUGUGAAUUGUAGUGUAGUUUUAGUUUGGUUGGUUUUCUUUAUUCCUGUUGAUGUCAUUUCUAAGAUAAAUCUAAAAUUAAUUAAAACUAUUACAUUUCCUCUACUCAUCUUUCGUGUUUUCCUGAAAAUGUUCAUUACUUUGUUCAUUUUCUUACACUAAAUUAUGUUCCAGCCUUCUUUUCAGAUAUUGCCAAUUUGGAGAUUCUUACUUCCAUAUCAGUCUCAUCAUUUCUGCCUAUGUUUGGCCAGUAUUGUCUGCUGACAUUUGUAGCCAAUUAAUUUCAUCCUAGUAGAGAUUAACUAAGUAUAUCUAACGUGCAAGGGGACUGUGCCGAGACUGACCUUUUUAGAUGACGGAAUUGAGCUCUUGGCCUCCUGAACAAUUGUGGCUUAUAGGGACAGUCUAGGCACCUAAAACCAGUUCAGCUCAUUGAAGUGGUCUGGGUGCAGUGCCCCUACCUUACUUAUUCCUGCAAUGUAAAUGAUUGCAGUUUUUAAGAAACUGCAAUAAUGACACUGCAGGAUAAAGACUGCCUCUAGUGGCUGUCACUCACACACUUCCUGCUUGCUAGAUGACUUUUGGUUACCUGAUGUCCGUUAAAUCCCCAUAGGAAAGCAUUGAAGCAAUGCUUUGCUAUGGGGAGGGCCUAAUGCACUUACAGCUCUUUGGUGUUGGGUCGGCCGGAGAAGGCAAAGCACUGACCCAGUGCUGAGGGACAUCUGCGCUGGAAUCAGAUAAGGUGUUUUCUUUUUUAACUCUUGCAGCGAGGGAGGGGGGACAUGAGGGAGAAUGCAAAUACCUUUGUAUUCCUUACACUAUAGAAUCCCUUUCAAUUCAUUAAAUACAGGUUGUUCCCCAUUAUUUUACCCUUUGCCAAUUUUGGCUUCUUCACUUUUUUUUAGUUCUGUGAUUCUAGUCUCAAACCAAUUAUACUAAAUGUAACCUCUCCUCCUAUUAGUCUACCUUAUUAUGUAUUGGUCACAAUGUAAACUUCCACCAACGUAAAGUUUAAUGUUCUAGUUACUUCUGAAGGCCCUCCAAUCUACAGAACACAAACCGUUGAGACGUUUUACCAUUCAACACUCUCCUGUGCCGUUUUUCCCCUGAGAGUGACAUAUCCUCACCAAUAACAAUCGCACCCUACUAAGACUCUACACAGCCUUUAACCCCUUAAGGACCAAACUUCAGGAAUAAAAGGGAAUCGUGACAUGUCAUGUGUCUUUAAGGGGUUAAACACGAUCAUCCAGAACUUUGAUCCAUAUACUGCUGAGGUAGUGUUGGAGCUUAAUGGGCAAGUUGUCUGGUGAGAAUCUGAUCACAUUUUCUGUAAAGAAUCUAUGUACAAAAACACCUCUUCUCGGGACUGAAAGCACAGCUGUCAGUAGGGUCACAAUCUGAACAUGUCUCUGUUUCUCAAGAUAUGAAAAGGGGAACUCACAGCUAUACAGUUUGUGCUAAAUGUGCCUGAAAUAAGUCAAAGGAGCGAAGCUUUUUGAUUUAUUUAAAGCAUCACUGUCACGCUGUACUUACCUUUAUCCAGUCGCUUCCUCUUCUCUUACUUUGUCUUUCUUUUUUAAAUUUUUCAUCUAUUUCUAACUAAAUAUAAGAAAAAGUAGGCGUGUGUGUGUGUGUAUGUAUAUAUAGAAUAUAUAUGUUUGUCUGUGUGUGUAUAUGAGAUGUUCUGCUAAAUCAAAAAGAUGGGUUUAAUCAAAAUUGAUUAUUUUAUAUGAUAAUCUGGCUAACAUAAAGUUUAGAUUAAAUGCUGACAAGGAAUCCAUGCACUAUUGUUAUUAAAGGAGCCCUCCAUGCACCAUAAGAACUUCAUCUAAAUUGAAUUAUGGUGUCAGGAAGCCCCUGGGCGCACUCUUCACAGUUGACGUUAAAAUUGGCUUCGAAAGAAACGUACCUUUUCCAAGUCUGUAUUAUGAAUGGUGUGUCACUGACUGGCUGAGAGCAUCAGCUGGCUGCUCUCAGCCAAUGAGUGACUUACUCCGCCAUUCCUGAAAUCUCAGAAGCUGAAUGCCUCCUGGGGGGAGUUGAGAUCAGUGCUGGAGUCAACUUUGUGGUUAAACCGUUCGAGAACAGUUUAAUCUCUUGAGGUAAGUGUGGUCUUGGGGCCUUGUUCAUGUAAGGUUAUGUUAAUAACAUUUUAACAUUUCUUACAUUGUAUAUGUGCAUUAAACUGUUUGUAUGUUCACAUAAUCUUGCUAUAAAGUGAGAAUGGCCUAUUACUGGGAACAUGGAGAGGAGGGGGUAAAAUGAAGUAGAAUUUGUGUCGUGUGGAGGGAAAUUGGAGUACAAACACACUCCCAUCAGUCACUCUUGUUUCAAGCAAUGCAGGUGCAGUAAGUGACUGCCAAUAGCCCAGGAGUUAGACAGGAGCUUCAGAAUCAUGAAUUUGCUUGACCCCAUUAAUCAUCUGAAGAAUGACUUGGGACUGCAAACUGGUGACCUGCCUAGGCCCCCUGGGAUUUAAAGGGAUACUGUAGUGCCAGGAUUACAAAGUUGUAUUCCUGGCACUAUAGCUCCCUCUGCCAACCCCCUCCUUCACGGUAAAUGAAGGGUUAAAAAAACAAAACCCUUUUAUUUACUUUCCAUACCUCAGCACUGAUGUCCCUUCCGCGCAGGGUCGCGGUUCUGCCUCCUGUGUUCCACAAUAAGCGGGUGCUAAUGCUCAUGCGCUGCAAAUGCGUGUAUUAAACCUCCGCACAGGAAAGCAUUGAAUUAAUGCAGAGCGUGAAGACAUCCAGCAUCAUUUACAGGGCCAAAGGUCUGUUUGGAUGCUGAACACGCCUCCAAUGGCUGUCUGAUGGAGGGCAGACUCACUGCUGCAAUGUAAACAUUGCAGUUUCUCUGGAACUCCAGUGUUUUACAUUGCAGCACUAAGGGCAGUAGGGACACAGCACCCAGACCACUUAAAUGAGCUGAAAUGGUCUGGGUGUCUAUGGUUUUAAGCCUGGCCAGCAAUAAGGGUGAAUAUAAAAUUAACAUACUGUUCCCUUGUUUAAAAUAAUAAUGUUUGUGAUUACUUAUUUAGAGGAUUUUAAGCCAAGCCAUAUCCAUUUAAUACCUUUAGCCUAGCCAUGCAUAAUGGGAGUUGUAGUUCUGCUCAGGUUUGGGAUCUGCUGUUUUGACUACUCCUCUCUGCUCUACAUCUUGUCAAAAUAUCUUUUUUUUCACAAUGUGUAAGUUAUCUCUCUGUUGAUAAGGGAUAGAAACAUUGUAUCUAUGGUGUGCCUUGCAAGAACUACCCCUGUGUAAAUAUGUGCACAGUUGUUUGUUUUUGAUUUUUGAUGCCAGAAUCCUUGUGCACCAGCUUCAUAAUAAAUAGAUUUCCCAGUGGAUGUAAAUCCUGGUUUGUGUUUGCCAAGAUCACACGUGCCCUGGAGUUUGAUCUGUUUUGGCUGUGACUCCGGGCACAGGGCUCAGUUGAUUAUUUCAUAUCUAUUUCUGGGAUGUUAUGGGAAAGUAAUCCAACCUAAAUUAUCUGUGUGUGUUAAGCAGGUAUUAUGGCUUUGGUUUGCAGUUUAGAAAUUUCUAUUUAUACAUUGUCCUCACAAUUCUAUUGUUUUCCUCUCUUUUUAUAUAUGUUUAUCUCUAUAGAGUGCAGUGGAGGCUAUUGCUUGGCCUAUAAAAGCCCUUUUCUUGCCUUCUUACAUGUUUGGCAUAUUUCUCCCAAGAUCGCCUGAUUGUCACAUGUACAGCACUUCAUGCCCUCUAAUUGCUUUAUGUAAAGAAUGCCUCUUAACCUUUCAACAUUGUGCUCAAACAUUCACACACUUGGUGUUUUGGCAUCUGGUGUCUCUGUGGUUAUCAUUUACUGUUCACUAUUAGCUUUUAUUUAGCGCCAGCAUAUUUCGCUUUGCUUUACAAUUGUAGAAAGGGGAUAAUUUGCUCAAACAAGCUUUCAGUCUAUGAGUUCUGUAUUAGUUUUACAUGUGUUUUUGUAGCUGCUUCUGUUUCUUACAUUGGAAGAAGAAAGUGAGGAACGUCCGUACAAUUUCUCUACCUGUGUUACAUAGGGUUAAUGAUUGGAACUGCUGUGACAAUGGGUGUUGGUCAACUAAAAGAUUGAUGUUGGGGGCCCUUAGUGAGUAUAAUGUGAAUGAUGAGAGCUCUCUGACGCUCGCUGCGCAUGUGUAUUAGAUCCAACUCUGCACCAUGGCUUUGUGGAAGGGGGAGACCUAGCCAGUGCCAAUGGCGUCUCACCACUAAUGUGGUGGGUGGACAUCCUGCGACUCUAUAUAAUGUACAGCUUUGUAUUCCAAACGCUAUAGUGCUCUUUUAACAUUAGUCCAUAUUAGCUUGGCAAUAUUCUGAUUAAAGCUUAUGUCAAUGCUCAACAUUUCCACUAGCCAUUGGCAAGUAAAAAUUCAUCCCUGGCUAGUGUGUCAGGCUUGCCGUGGCACAAAACUUUUUGGCCUGGCUAGUAGCAUAAAACUUGAAAUUUUUUAGCCCUGCUUAUGUUAUCGAUAAAAAGCUUGUCUUGUAUAGACACACAUAUUAUUUGCAAAUUAUAAACGGAGAUAUGUGUCAAAGCUAUACAAGCACAAGCGUCACGCUUUCUAUAUCGCUAGGUUUAAAAUGUACAACUAACGGAUAGAUUUACACCUGGAUUUCCUGUUUGUUGAGCUCAUUGUUAGAGCUUUGUUUACCAUGUGUAGAGAUUGAACUGUUUGACACAGCACAUUUCCUGGUAGUUAUAUUUUGGCCAUCUCUUGUUACAGCACAAUUACACAUUGACAUCUUUGUUUAUUUUAAUGUUAAAUGAAGAAAAACUUUGUACCAGUGCGAGCUCCAUUCGUAAAUAUGUUCACUAUUUAUGUGGCAAGGGAUUGAUAACAGAGCUAUUUUUUAUUAAAAAACAUUGUUUGGUUUAGGCAAAGUCAUUAACUAUAUAUGCUUAUUUAUUUGAUUUGGGGUAUUUUUUAUUUUUAUAAAUUGGAGUAUAUAUGUGUGCAGUUUCUUUGUAGUGUGUAAAGUCAGGGCUGUAUUUGCCAUUCCCUCCUACCCCCAAACUUCUCCCCAUGCCAACACUGCUGUGGUUAUAAGUUGUGUCUUCCCCCACAACUUAGAUGACACUUCUCCUUCCUUCUUCCUCCUUACCCGGUAUACAGCAUUCUGCUCUAGUGGGUUUCUGGUUUCUCCCCUGUUGGGAGAGGGGAGGGCACAUCUUAUUUAUAACCUUGUGUUUUCUGUUUUAACGUGUAUAGAUAUAUACUAAAUUGAGCAAAUUUUAUUUAUUUAUUUUUAUUUCCAUAAUUCUUUCCAUUUUUACAAGGUGUCUUCCCAGCACUGUGUAUGGUACGGAGAAUGUGGGAAAACAGAAACUGGCCAACAGUACAAUUGUGCGUAUUCUGGGCCCCCUAAGCCACUGCCUGAGGAAGGUCACACAUUGCUACAGGUAAAUUGUUCCCUCUAUUCUUUUUAUUUUAGAACCUUGUAACUAUUCGGAGUGAGGCAGCUAUUUACACUUUUGGAAAAUUACUUCUAGUUUGCAGGGAGAAACCCUUUUUUUGUGUUUUAGUUUUUUUGGGAUUGUGAGUAUAAUUUCAUUAUGAUACAGGGAUACUAUAGUCAUCAGAACAACUACAGCUUAAAGGAACACUAUAUAGUCACCUAAAUUACUUUAGCUAAAUAAAGCAGUUUUAGUGUAUAGAUCAUUCCCCUACAAUUUCACUGCUCAAUUCACUGUCAUUUAGGAGUUAAAGGGACACCAUAGGCACUGUAUCUGCUUCAUCUCAUUAAACUGAUUAAAGUGUCUAGAGUCCUCUGGUCCCAUCAUUUCUUUCAGCAUUAAACAGUUUUUAAAGUUUUAAUGUUUUAAUGCUAAACAAGAGUCCCUGCCAAUCCAUCCCCUCUGUGCUGCUUUGGCUAAUAAGGAAGUAUUAGCCUGAGCAGCAAUGGGCAGCUGUGAUUGGCUGAGAGUGUCAGCUGACUGCUUUUAGCCUGUCAGAGUUCCAACUGACUGUAUGAAUGGGUAUGACAACAAGGAAGUGUGUAAUCUCUGCCUUAGCUACACAUACUGAAGGGGCCGGACUGUGGGUGGCCAGGGACUCUUAUUUUGGGCAUACUGCAUGAACAUGGUGCAACACUGAAUGGAGGGACAGUGCCAGGGUACUCCAGGCACUAUAACCAAUUCAAAGAGAUGAAAUGCAGUAUCCCUUUAAAUCACUUUGUUUCUGUUUAUGCAGCCCUAGCUACACCUCCCCUGGCUAUGAUUGACAGAGCCUGCAUGAAAAAAAAAAAAACUGGUUUCACUUUCAAACAGAUGUAAUUUACCUUAAAUAAUUGUUUCUCAAUCUCUAAAUUGAACUUUAAUCACAUACAGGAGGCUCUUGCAGGGUCUAGCAAGCUAUUAACAUAGCAGGGGAUAGGAAAAUCUUAAUUAAACAGAACUUGCAAUAAAGAAAGCCUAAAUAGGGUUCUCUUUACAGGAAGUGUUUAUGGAAGGCUGUGCAAGUCACAUGCAGGGAGGUGUGACUAGGGUUCAUAAACAAAGGGAUUUAACUCCUAAAUGGCAGAGGAUUGAGCAGUGAGGCUGCAGGGGCAUGUUCUAUACACCAAAACUGCUUCAUUGAGCUAAAGUUGUUCGGGUGACUAUAGUGUUCCUUUAAUGUAGUUGUUCUGAUGAGUAAAAUCAUUUCCUGUAGACGUUUUGCAGUAAACACACUUUUUUUCAGAGAAAAGGUAGUGUGUACAUUAUAGCCUAGGGAUACCUCCACUGGCCACUGCUCAGAUGGCUUAUAUAGGUGCUUCCUGGGGCAGUGCUGCUCACUGUGUUGUACUGUCAUUUAGUGUCUCUACCCUCUGCAUGGAGACACUGAACUUUCCUCAGAGAUAUGCAUUGAUUCAUGAGGAGAUGCUGAUUGACCAGAGCUUGUGUUGGCUCUGCCCCUGAUCUGCCUCUUAGGCCGUCUCAGCCAAUCCUAUGCGUUGUGUUUGGCUCAGAUCAACACUUCUGUUUGUGUCAGCCAAGCAGGCAGAUCGAAGCAGAUCCAGCAGCAGCAGACUGCAACAAAGGUAAUAUUUUGCUAUAUUUAAGGGUGCAGGGGAACUAGAUGGUGGUUUUGACGCUAUAGGGUCAGGAAUACAUGUUUGUGUUCCUGACCCUAUAGUGUUUUUUUAAUAUUUUUGCCUCUGGAAGUUAAAAUAAUACUUUCAGCUGUAAAACAGACUUGUGGCUUCUCAGCCAAUCAGCAGGAGCUGCUAACAGCAGUAAAGCAUAAAGAGAUACUAUGGGCAUCUAAACAACUUUAGCUAAAUUAAGCAGUUUUUGUAUAUAGAUUAUGCCUUUGAAGUCUCAAUUCUCUGCCAUUUAGGAGUUAAGUCGCUUUUGUUUCUGUUUAUGCAUCCUUAGCCACACCUCUCCUGGCUGUGACUGACGCAACCUGCAUUAAAACAAAAUGAUUUAAUUUUCUAUCAGACCUUUUUUAAUUUUUUUUAUAUAUUUACAUUUUUUUUAAAUUACCGUAUAUACUCAAGUAUAAGUCGACCAGAAUAUAAGCCGAGGCCCCUAAUUUUACCACAAAAAAAUGGGAAAACUUACUGACUAGAGUAUAAACCUAGGGUGGGAAAUGCAGCAGCUACUGGUAAAUUUCUAAAUAAAAAUUAGAUCCCAAUAAAAUUACAUUAAUUGAAUAUUUAUUUACUGUGUGUGUGUAUAAUGAAUGCAGUGUGUUUGUUUGUGUAGUGUGUGUGUAUAUAAUGAAUGCAGAGUGUGUGUGUGUAUAUAAUAAAUGCAGAGUGUGUGUGUAUAUAUAAUGAAUGCAGAGUGUGUGUGUGUGUGUAUAUAUAACGAAUGCAGAGUGUGUGUGUGUGUGUGUGUAUAUAUAUAAUGAAUGCAGAGUGUGUGUGUGUAUAUAUAUAAUGAAUGCAGAGUGUGUGUGUGUGUGUGUGUGUGUAUAUAUAAUGAAUGCAGUGUGUGUGUGUGUAUAUAUAUAAUGAAUGCAGUGUGUGUGUUUGUGUGUUUGUGUGUUUGUGUAGUGUGUGUAAACUGGGUGGGGGGAGGGCAUUUUUAUUAUUUUUAAUAUUUUUUUUAUUUUAAUAUUGUUAUAUAUUUUUUACAUUAUUUUAUUAUUUAUUUAUUUAUUGUCCCCCCCUCCCUGCUUAAUACCUGGCCAGGGAGGGGGGCUAUGGCAAUCCCUGGUGGUCCAGUAGAUGGGCUUUGCAGUGGGUGGGCUGGCAGGAAGCAUUUACUUACCUUUACUGCAGCUCCCCUGUUCAGCUCGCAAUGUAAGUCUUGCGGUCUGCGUUCCGCGCGGCGCUUUGCCACGGUAACCCGUGGCAAUGCUCUGACGGUCGCGGGUCUUGCAAGACUUAAGAUUGAUUAGAUUGCUCAUAAUGCAUUCAUUGCUUGGAGUAACACUUUAAAUCCUGGUAAUGGUCUAUGGAUAGUGGAUAAAAGUAUCCUUGCUUGUCAACUUAUAAACUAAAAAACAGUUGAUUGGAUUGCUAACAAAGUAUCCAUUACUUAGACCUCCAAAAGUAUCAAAGACCUAGAGACCGUGAACUAUUAAAUUGUAUCCAUAGAUACUGCAGAAUUAGCUAUCUCUUAUUGUUGCAAUAAACAUCUGAACUCCAAAAAAAACUUUUUCUUUGGGAAUUUAUGACCUAUAAUAAAGGUGUUCUUAAUCCGUAUAUAUAUUUGCAACGCCCAGAGAACUCUUUUUGGUGCUCCCGAAGCUUUUUUGCCAGGGAUCACUUUUCGUUAUAGUGUUUUGUAAUGUGAAUAAGUGCAAAAUAAUGCAUCUUGGACGUAAAAACCCAAGGGCAGAGUAUCCCCUUCAAAUUGUCUUUGUUCUGUUUCAUGUUAUUUUCCUGUUAGUUUCAUGUUCGGUAGAAGUUAUUUCAUUGGUCUCUAACAUGCAUGACCCUUCAAGACCAUUCAUGGGGAUAUUACAUGUUUAGCUGUUGUGUUGUUUCUUAUUGUUAUAACAUUUCUAUUACAGCAACUUUGUCCAUCGCUGUACUAUGGCAAUGUGAGUGUUUGCUGUGACGUUGCUCAGCUCAACACACUGAACAGCCACUUGCAGCUUCCAUUGCAGUUCCUAUCCAGGUAAGUCCUUAUCCUGAAUCAUGAAAUAUUAUCUUGAGAUAUAUUUGUAUGCUCACUUCAAACACUUAGUAUUCCAGCUAUUAUAUAUUGGAUUCACUAGAGCUGACAUUUUCUGCCAUAUCGGCCAACUUGUUGAAUGCUACUUUUUGUAUUUAUAAAAUGCGAUUCCUCAGUAUAUCUAUCUAUGUAUACUCAGCUUUGUUGUAAUGAGAGAUAUAAACUUAAAGGAAUACUAUUGGGUCAGGAACACAAACAUGUAUUCCUGACCCUAUAGUGCUAAACCCACCAUUAAUGUGGCUUAUCCCCCCUUCCCCCCCUUAAAAGCAUGCAAAACUCACCUUCUUUCCAGCGCCGUGCGGUCCAUCUGCGAGAGGAACUAAGUUGUUUAUUAAUUUAAUUAAUUAACAAAUGCAAAGUAAAACUGCUCAUAGAGAAAUUCGACCUCUUCAAAUGAAUGGCUCUGGAUUCUGAUUUUGGUUUUGAAAUACACCGACUUGUUUCCUCAUAAGCAUGGGAUUAACUAGCUUCUGUAAAUAAGUGAUUUCUAAAGUUCACUGACUUUCUUUAAACUUUCUAGCUGUUUCUUGCAACUUUGUUAUAGUGACACCAUUCUUCUGGCUUUAGCUGUGGUUCUUACUUAUGCAGCAAACCUAUCAAGUCAUCUGUCAAAGUAGACUAGUAUAUAUGUGUGUGCUUGUAUCCAAUAAAAUAUAUAGGAAUGAGGAGCUUGAAGCUAGAUGUGUUUAUAAAGAGCUGAGCAAGCUAAUGCUAGUACUUAUUGUGCCAUUAAAGAAACACCAUAGUUCUAUGAAUUGUUCCUCCUUCCAGUCCUGUGGUAAUUAUAAAGUUAAAAACACUUUAAAAUAAAAUAAAAAUAAAUAAUAACUAGAUGUGUGUGAGUGCCAGGAAGGUAUAUGGGUUGGCCUGUCAUUUGGCUGAUUAUUGAAUUUAAAGAAAAUGGUUACAUUUCUCAUUAAGAUGUAAUAGCGUAGUGCUGGUUUUGCCUUCUAGCAAGCAGAGGUGUAUAUAUAAAACUAACCUAUAUCUGUCAACUGAGCUAGGGUAAUGGAUGUUUGAAAAAAAUAGAUUUUCCUGCUCUUUGAAAAGUAAACUGCGGGGCCGGGCGGCCAUGCCAGCAGGCUGCUAGUCACAAUAGCUCCAGAGGAACUUGACUAAUAAUGGGCAAAAAAAAAAUCAAAACCAGCCUGGAACCCCCUGGGAGUAUGAGAUACCUGGUCCUGGAGUGUCCCGGGACAGCUGGAGCACCUGAGAACGGGUGGACCGAGUCUUGGUGAGAUGCUCUGGGGCUGGGGAGACUGAGGGAGUGGGGCGGAUGGCCGCUGCCUCACUCUCCGCCCCGGCACUGACUGAAAACCGCACUGAAUACCCCGGUCACGUUCACCCACCCCCUGGGCCGGUGGGGGUUAUCCCAGCACCCACCUGGCAGACAACGUCCUGGCAGAACUUUUUGGGUGACUCUGCACCGAGAGCCACCAAGCAGCCCUGAAAAAAUGGCCGACGGAGAUGCACCUAGGCUGCCGACCGAUGAAGAAGGCGUGCUGAGAGAGCUCCAGCGGCACAUGGCCCGAGCCACGACCACCCAGGGCAUUUAUAUGCACGAUGGGGCAGCAGCGGAGGCCUGCGGUUCUGCCGACUACCCACAUCGCAAGCAGACCCACCCACCAGCUGAGGACCCAGCGCCUAUCUUAACCGAGCGCGCCUCACCAGAGCUCCCUAUAAUGCACACCGCGGACCAACACGGAGGCAGUGUCCAAACGAUUACCCCAUUACAGCGGGGCCUACACCUGAUCACUGCGACCUGCAAAGCAUCAUACUCAUACCCGCGUACCAGCAGGGAAAGAAAAUCCACAGAGGUCCGCAGACACUGACCUGCAGUGGGUCCCAAGGACGUAAAGGACACAGAAGUGCUCUACGAGGACUAAUUAAAUGCCGGAAAAAAGGACACUGCUCACCAUCAUCCCUGACGCCAAAACUGACCGGUACCCCAGCUUCUUACGACAGACUGCAACUAAAGCAGGAGCUACUGGACCAGUUGCUGACAACCAAACGGACAUAUCCACCACUGGUACUAUAACUGAGGCUGCAGUUAGAGAUGGUCUUGAUGACCUAGUGUAGACAACAACCCAGCAAGUCACAACCUGCCUGGUGGUAUAUUUCCCUAUUUGAAUACUUUCCUUAAGAUAAGCUAUUGUUCCAUAUAAGCAUAAGCCUGUGUAACUGCAAUUUAUUCACUUGCCUAAUGAAACCUAGGUCUUAAGCAAACCUAUAAUGAAACGUCUUGAAACAUUAGCCUGAAUAACCAACCACCACCCUCUCCCCCCCCUCCGCUUCAAGUCUCUCUUGUAAAUAAGCUAAUCACUAGCAUUGUGCAGGGUAGCUACGUAACUACAAUGUAAAAGCGAGUUUUGUGCCUUUCUUUUAUGUGACAUGACACUGUACAACUGCAUGUAUAUCUUGGUUGGCUCUGCUAUCGUGGCACUGCGGACUGUAAUGUAUUUUCUCUGCACGAAAAAAUAAAGAAUUAAAAAAAAAAAAAAAAAAUAAAAUAAAAUGUUGCUUUCUUUUUGCAAAGUCCUGACAGUGUCAGGGAUCGGAAUAAUGAGUUAAUCAUGAUGUAAGUAAUUCAGCGUGGUGUCCCUGCUAGGAUGUUGCAGUUUUUCUUGUCUGCGCUGUACACCUUUAAUCAGGUCCUGUAAACUUCACAAAUAACUUACUGUGUGGUUCUAUAUCCUUGCAAUGUUACUUACAUGAAAUAGAUGUUAUUGGAGAUGUAAGUUAAUUUACAUAAAAUGCCUUGGGCCUAUCUUUUCAGAAACCGUUGUUAGAUUGAGAUUGUAUGUUGGUAUAUUAUUAAACCGUAACCGUGACACAGAUGUACAAGAGAGGAAAUGUAUCACUGGGUCAUAACAUAUUCUCAUAAAAACUGAAAUAAAGGAACUCGCUUAAACUCUGUCCUGGAAUAACCCGGUGAUACUCCAGAAAUCAUUUUUUAGGUGAUCAUUGCAGUUGUGAAGAAACAGCAUGUGUUUAACCCCUUCAUGGACCAUGGCAUGGCAGGACUAUUAAAAUAAGGGUGGAUUUGCCUAACCUCAGUCCAUAAAUUGGUCACUUGGUGUUGGGUUCCUUUGCAAUUUUCUCAUUCCGGUUAGGGACUCUAAUCCAUCGGCGCAUGGAACAAAAAAAUUGGUUACUGGUAACCAUGCAUUUUCUCGCUGUCUGGUGUCAUAGUCCUUUAACACCAUUAAAGGACCUUUCAAGGCAUACAAGGGUUUAUUUACGAAAGUGAAUUUCACAUUUUAAUGUCAGAAUAGUUGAACUGAAAGCAUAGCUGACAUAGAGAACAUUUGCAGUUUGGCUAUUUUGACCUUGAAUUUAAAAUUCGCUUUGAAUUUUCACUUUUGUAGAUAAACCUUAUGGCUGGAGAUAUGUUAAAAUAGACCUGUAAUUUCUCAUAGAAUCUUUAUAUUGAAUUGGAAUGACAAUGAAUUUUUAAUAAUCUUGUAGCACACGUGGCUCCAAUAUUUGCAAUGGCCAAAAUGAAAAUGCAUCUUGUCACGUGCCUAUGAUCUCUCAUUGUGUAUGCACAAGAAAGUCUGUCCAGCAGCCUCUCGGAAUAUUUCAUGGACCCCUGCUUUGUUUGCUCGUAAAUGAGGGCAACCUCCUCUGCUGGUAUUUCAGAGAGAGAUGAUGGCAGCACCAAGGGCAAAGAUGCUUAGUUGUGGUUGUGUAUAUCUCCCCAGCUUGCAUGACCCCUGGAUGGAUCUUUGCAAAAAGUAACAGAUCCACUUCACAGAAUAAAUUCUGAGUCAAUUUUCUAAAAAUGCAUCAGUUAGCAGGAACAUUACAGUGAUUUAUUUCAUUUUUAUUAUUCUUGAUCUGUAGCACUCAGUGUAACUUCCUCAUCUAAAAACAUAGUCCAGUCAAAUACUGUAUCCAUUGCUAUAUUUUGUGAUUAAAAUAAUGGCAAGGUCUGCAGGAAUGAAUGAGAUCUGCAGAGAGAUCCAAUGCUACUGCUAAGAGCUCAUUACAACCCACAAACACCCAUACCAGUGGCACACAAAAUUAAAUUCACUUAUUGAGAGGCAUGUGACAGAAAAAGGGGCAAAAGUGUUUUCAACACCCUUUGCCUUGACAGAGCUCUAAACUCCUAACCAAGUAUAAUUCAGCUGUAUAUUUGUGUAUGUAUGUGUGUGAUAUAUAUAUUAUGACACACACCUCUCAUCCUUACUCUAUGCGCAUGAGACAUAUUUGAUGGUGUUAAUAAGUCUUUUUUUUUUCCUCACCAGAUGUCCUUCAUGCUUCUUUAAUUUAAUGACCUUGUUCUGUGAGCUGACCUGCAGCCCUCGACAGUCAGAGUUUUUGAAUGUCACACAAACCUCUCCCCUCGAUGGACCUGAAAGCAUCACAGCCAUGGAGUAUUACAUCGGAAAUCGAUUUGCAAAUGGUAAGUCGUGGCGGUUUAUUUAGAACCAUUGUAAUGUCACUGACCAGUUACUAUGUGUCCCUUAUUGUUUGUAUUAAUAUCAUGUGUCAAGUGGUCUAUCUGAAUUCUUCUUCUUUAAUUAAAGUAUUAAAGUGGAUCAACAGUCAAAAUAUAUUUAUUUAAUCAUUAUUAUUAUUAUUGGCAUUUUAUAUAGCGCCAACAGAUUACAAAAAACUUACAGGAACGAUAGGUUGGAGAUGUUUAACAAUUUCCCAAGAUUUGUGUAUAAAUAACUCUGGGUACAAAAUUUCCACUAGCUAUUGUCAAGUGGAAAUAUAGACUUGUGAAGCAGAAUUUCACCCCUGGUGAUUGUAUCACAAAUCUUCACAGCUUGCAGGGGCAAGUAAUUUUUAAGGCUUGGCUAGUAGUUUAGGACUUGAAGUUUUAAGCCAUGAUAAUUUAUCUUUUGUGAAUGGCAUGCCCAAAUUAAGGCUAUUUUUGCUUAUUCCAUGCUCCGUUUUAUAAGACUAAUUCAUUGGCUUUCUGGCUGUACUUGACUCAGACAGGCUUGUCCUGUGAUUUCUUUUUCUACUCCAUUAAAACUAUAUAUCUGUAGACUCCUAGUUACCGUUGUCUCUAAACCGGCUGCUCCUUGGUUUCCGGUUUGGGGCCAGUGCCAACAAAAAGCUUUUAGAAUUGGGGGCGGCGCCUGACCGGCAAGCUGAACAGUCGCACACUGAGAGUGCUCCUGCCACACGCUACAGAAUAAGCACCAAGACCCCGAUCGAACCCUGAAACCAUGCCGGGGCACACUAUUCGAGAAGGGGGAACCCGGGCGAUCAGUCUGAUACCAGCACAGGCGACUUCAACGGCCGUAACCCUGAGGAGGCACUUUGCGGCCUAUGGGGGAUGGCGGCAGGGAAAGACGGCCGUUCUCUCCGACCCAGCACCAAGGCAGCAAUGACACCGAAUGGCAGCCUAACACCCCCCACAGUCCAGGACCGGUGGGGUUAAUCCCGGUCCACCACCUUGAAGCAACCGGGCCAGGGCAGAUGCAAACUGCACACCUGCAGGAACGACACCUAGACACACUGAACAGCACAAUGGCGGACGCCACGUGCACAGUGGAGCGCGACACAGAAGUGCCGGCCUACUCGAUCAGGCUGAAUGCUAUCUUCGAAGCCUUUUGGGCGAAGCUAGAGAGCCGAGCACAGCAAGUCAAUGAACACACUCGACCACGGAGGGAAGCACUUAAACAACCCCGCCACAAGCAAGUUACUCCUCAACCUGACAAUGCCCCAAGAUGGCGCCGCAGAGGGAAAAGCCUCCCGCUUACAAGACCCCUCACGAAAGGACAUCACACACGUCGGCGAAGAUACAAAGCGCUGCAAACCCUGCAUACACCCAGCAACCGACAGGGACGAGCAGGUCAGCCGUGAAAGGCACAUCACACUACAACACACGAGAUGCAGACAAAGCCACAGUUGAACCAACGGACCUCAGCAAAAGCUAUACUACCCCGUCCUCUACUCGCUGACCCGCGGAGGAGCGGACACGGCACUAGGUACCCGGAACUGGAGGGUCCCGAGCAUAAAGUUAGCUGGACUUUGGCAGUCAAGCUGCGGUGGCCUCCCUUUGAGAGGCAUCGGCUGAACAGCCCACUGGAACACUCACCAACCAGGCAAGGUUUGCGGUAUUCACAGCUCUGUUGCAGACUACUUACCUCUGGACUCAAUUCCCGUUACUAUUUAGACUGUUGCAUAGCUCUCAGUUGAAUGAUCUGCCAUCAAGCACAGAUCCCACUUGGGGCAGAGCAGGCAUACUGUUUCAUGCACAAAGAGAAAAAAAAACCUUUAGAAUUGCCAGAACUGCCAAGUUUGGCACCAACUUAUUCCACGUGUUAUUGGGCUACACCACCUGUGAUUUGGGUUCAGUCACCAAUUUGGGGAAAAUUAGACUUAUAAUGUGGCAGCUUUGGGGACGUCCGUUAUCCGUAGGUAGUUUUUUUACCAUUCAAGUGCCAACGAAAUUGGCAUUGUUUCAAGUAACUGUCAUUUUAAUUAUAUUAACAUCCCUGGAAUGCAAGGGUUAGUAGAGGAAUCUCAAUAAAAAGCACCUCUUCAUAAUCUAAAAUUGACUCUUUAUGUAAUUAUUAUUGAGACAGACGUUCUUGAGCCCUGGCAUUUAAUCUGAACUUUAAAUCCACUUGAUAUUCUUUUGAGUGCAUUAAUUGAACAGUGAUGUUUAAUGCCAAGGUUUGUGUUUGUUGCAUAAAAUAUAGCCAAGCUUUGAGAAUUUGUUUGCUGUGAGUACACGUGCCCACAAAGUGAUUGAGAAGAACCUCAUUCCUUCUGCCUCUUGACUUUUGUUCCAACUCUUCUCGUUCAGCCAUGUACAAUGCAUGCCAAGAUGUAGAAGCUCCAUCAAGUAAUGCCAAAGCUCUGGGUAUGAUGUGUGGAAAGGAUGUUAAGGACUGCAAUGCCACCAACUGGAUUGAGUACAUGUUUGACAAGGACAAUGAACAAAUUCCAUUUACCAUCACCCCGAUCUUCUCAGGUAGGUUAACUAGACAUUUAACAACUUCAAAGGUUUUUAUAGCUUCUGGUGAUUGGGAAUUUAAAGUAGAUUUGUUUAAUUUUGUGGAUUGUCAAAAAUGGCUGCCGGGUCUAGAUUUGUUUAGUUUUAUCCUAAUAUUCUUUUUAUUCACUUACACUUCAUUCUAGAUUUGCCGUAUCUUGAAAAGAUUCCCAUGAACAAUGCCACCAAAGGAUGCAAUGAGUCUGUGGAUGAAGUUGGUGCUCCUUGCAGUUGCCAGGACUGCACUCUUGUUUGUGGCAACACACCAAAACCCCCUCCACCACCUAUACCUUGGCUUAUUUGGGGUUUGGAUGCUAUGGCUGUCAUCAUGUGGAUCGUUUACGUGGUGUUCCUGCUUCUCUUCUCUGCAAUCGCCAUUGCCUCUUGGUGUUAUAGGUAUGUCUGUACUGUUGCUUGCCAGGAACAACCCAUAGUUAUUUUAUUCCGAAGAUUGAUUUGACCACAGUAGGUUUCAAUAGUGACCCCACGUUCCAGCUGUGCUUUGUGUUUAUGCUUUUCUUGGCGUUACAUAGUGUUUGGGGAUGUAGGCUACAGAUAUCCGUGAACACAUUGUUUGGAGUUGAGAGCUACAAGAAUGGAUUUAUGUCUCUUAUCCUUUCACUACAUUAAGUUUGAAAGUGAUAGAAUCUGGAAAAUAUAAUAAAAAUUACAAUCAAACUGUUACUUUUUUAUUUUUUAGAAGUAUUUUUAAAAAUCUUUUUAAACUGUUCUUAAGUGGAAGCAUUGCCAAGUUUUCCAGUUUGGUAAAGACCAUAGUGUACAUAAUUUUGGAUCACAGAUGUUUUUAUUAAAUUCUGAGUUUAUUUGUGAUUGUGUACUUUUGUGGCAUUUUGUAACAAUUUGCUCAUCUGUCCCUGUCUGAGAUUCAAAUUGAAACCACACUGUUCCUCUUUGUGAGUGCAGUUUUCAAGCAAUAACAGUCAUUGGUUCCCCAUAACACAUUGAAGAAUUUAGCAGUUUUUGGCACCAAAACAUAGUCCUCUUAGGACUCUGCCUUUAUUUUAAAAUGUCAAAUAUGCAACUGAUUGGUUCAUAUUUAUAUCUCACACAUACGGGUAAAUGGCAGUACACCCAAUAUAACUCCGUAUUGCAAUUGCUUAUUGCAAUAGUGGUUUAGUUACAGUGCAGUGGAAUUUCUAUUUUUAUGUGUUCAAGGAUCUAACAUAUAUAUAUAUAUAUAUAUAUAUAUAUAUAUAUAUAUAUAUAUAUAUAUAUAUAUAUAUAUAUAUAUAUAUAUAUAUAUAUAUAAUUUUUUUUUUUAAUUUUUUUUUGUUACAUACCUGAGCACAUAAAUUGUCAUUUUGGUUAUGGUGUCCUUUAUCAAUGUGGUAAAAAGCUAUUCUAUCUUUGAACAUUUUAUUGUUGGCCCUUAAAACUUGAUCACACUGACCGAUCACUAGAACACUCCAAGUACAAUAACAACCGUAGGAGUGCCCUGGUGCUCGUCCUUUAUAAGGAGUCAAACAGUUUGACAAUUCCUGAGGUCCGACUGGCAUCACUACCUUCCUCUCUGCCGCCAGAAGCUCCAUUGGGAUUUUCCAUUAGCAAUCUUGCGCUAAGCACUGCGUAGCUUCCGGCUGUAAGGAGCAGCGUCCGUGGAUACUGCGAGAGGUCAUGCUGUUUGUCUGCUUAUAUUGGGGUGGGUGGGGGUGAAAGCAUAGCCUCUUCUGGCACCAUAACCCCUACAGCUCACUGGGAAUAUAUGUUUAAGGGCAUAUUUUAAUUUGUUCUCAAGUGAUGAUUUGUGUAUGGUAUACGUGUAAUAUGAAGCAUGCGGCAAUGUAUUUUAAGAUGCAUCUGUUCGUUUUGGAUUUAGUUUGUGUAUGUCUGUGUUCAGAGAAAUAAAGGGAUGAUUUAUACACUGUAAAAUAUUUGGGGGAAGGGGGAGAGAAAAAAAUAUGGUAUACUUCACAGAACUUACCUCCCCUCCCCCCCCCCCACACACCACACCCCCCACACCUCCCACUGCUAUCAAAGUAAUUUAGCAUCCUUGGUAGCAUUCAUGCUACUGUUUGAUGACCAUUAUAAAGUAAUUCUGCAGUGUUUGUGUAAUCUCUGACCAGUGGAAUUAUGGUAAAAGCUGCUGCCUUUGGUCUGUCUUGUUUAUGUUGUAAUUUGACAUCCUUUUAAUAGUGUUUUAUUUAUUUUUUUUCUCUCCAUUUCAGGAAAAAGAACAUAGUAUCAGAAUAUGCUCCAAUUGAUAGUACAUUAGCAUACUCUGUAAACUCUACACCGAUUUCAGGUAUGUCUGACAUAUUUAAAUUGUGUAGGCUUGGACUCUACAUAUAGGUGUGUGUAUAUAUAAUCCGUAUGAGGUUGGUUACUGGCUUGCUAUGGAGGCUUGGCGUUACUUGUAAAGUACAUAUCAAAAAGGUGUGGAUGAAAACACCUUCCAGUAACCAACCUCAUGCUGAUGAUUUGCAUUAACAAUGAAACGACUGUCCAUGACUGGUUCACUGGCUUUGUUCCUCUUCCCAAGCUGUGUUUCAAAUCUGUUGUAUACAGCAGACACAGACUCCAAGGAAUCAUAGAAACAUAGAAUGUGACGGCAGUUAAGAACCAUUCGGCCCAUCAAGUCUGCCCAGUUUUCUAAAUACUUUCAUUAGUCCCUGGUCUUAUCUUAUAGUUAGGAUAGUCUUAUGCCUAUCCCACGCAUGCUUAAACUCCUUUACUGUGUUAACCUCUACCACUUCAGCUGGAAGGCUAUUCCAUGCAUCCACUACCCUCUCAGUAAAGUAAUACUUCCUGAUAUUAUUUUUUUUUCAUAAUUCCAUGUGUAAAGUGGAAUUAUGAGGCAAAAAUUUGGUUCUUUGUUGAGCUCAUUUGCACAUGCCUACCCAGAAUCCCUUGCAGUAGUGAGAGCACUGUUAAAAUGAGAUUUCUGUGGGAAAAGAAAGUCUUAUGGCUUAACUGGUAUGUGUAUUUGUGUUUAGCAAUGUAUUGUGUGUGUGUGUGUGUGUGUGUAUGUAUGUGUGUAUGUAUGUAUGUGUAUAUAUAUAUAUAUAUAUAUAUAUAUAUAUAUAUAUAUAUAUAUAUAUAUAUGUGUGUGUGUGUAUAUAUAUAUAUAUAUAUAUAUAUAUAUGUAUAUGUAUAUAUGUGUAUAUAUAUAUAUGUGUAUAUAUAUAUAUAUAUAUAUAUAUAUAUAUAUAUAUAUAUAUAUAUAUAUAUAUAUAUAUAUAUUAUGUAUAUGUGUGUGUGAAUAUUUUGUUGUAGUUGACCCAUGUCCUAAUUCAUGUUCUAAAACUUUGUAUACUUUGUAGGUCAUGAUGAGCAAUUCAUUAGCCUAUAAACCCCUUUGUUAAAAUACACACAAAAAAGGUUUACUAGAGUGUAUGGGGGGGAAUGUUAUGAGGUUUAAUAAUGGUUUUAUAAAUCUCAUUUGGAACAGAAUCUGCUGCAAUAGGUAAAUGGCUAAUUCAGAUCCUGCAGAAGGCUAGUUACAAUGUGUGAGGUUGGUUUUAGGCUAAUACAAUGGUUUUAGGCCAAAUAAAAAAAGAUGAAGACUGUAGACAAAUCCGUAAAAAAAUCUCUCUAAUUCCUUUUUGUGUUUUGUAUAUAAUAGGUGACCCAUCAUGCUGUGAUUCAGCUGGUGAAAGACUUGAGAACUGCCUGAGAAUUGCCUUUACAAAAUGGGGUUCAUUCUGUGUACGGAGACCGUUUGUUGUUAUAUUCUUCUCUUUGGUUGCCGUUGCUGCUUGUGCUUCUGGACUCCGAUUCAUAACCAUAACUACAGACCCGGUGGAACUCUGGUCCGAUCCACACAGUCAGGCUCGCCAAGAGAAAAAUUACUUUGACACCCAUUUUGGGCCAUUCUUUCGCACAGAGCAGCUGAUCAUCACUGCCCCCAACAGCUCAAUUCAUACCUAUACACCGAUCCCAUUUGGCAGGGAUGUACCAUUUGGACCACCCCUAGCCUUUGACAUUUUGUUUCAGGUAAUGGAAUGAUAUUCAUCUUACUCUGCAGAAAACUAUACUUUGUGUUUUUACAAAUUACAGAAUGUGCCACAAUGAUUAGAAUGGUUAUAAUGGAUAAGGUACCAUAUUUUGAAAACAAAAAACCCUAAUGUUUAUCUAACCAUUAUGAUCGCUUCUUUGUUACAAUAUAGAAAAUGAGCUUUUAACAAAGUGAAACUUUUGUAUGUAAUAGUAUCAACAAAAUCUACUUGGAGAGUAAGUAUAAAAUGUACCGAUGACUGACCUUUUAGCAUUUUAAAUACUUUUGUAGAUUUUGUUGAUUGUUUCGAAUACUAGUCUUUACCUCUCUGAAGAAAAUAUAUGAAUGCAAAAUUAAUAGUUACCAAAUUUCAUUAGGUAAUUCUCAUGUUAAAUCUUGUUUAAGACUCCAGUCCAUUGUGUGCCCGCUGAUCUGUGCAUUUCAAUCCUAGAUUACACUCCCAAAGCACUGGUCUACCUAUAAAUGUGUUUAUUGGCAACCGCAGUUUUUUGUAUUCUAUGUCAUAUUCUUCUUUUAAUUAAUCCGAAGAGUUUGUGGUUGGUGUGUGUUUUCUAGCACACAUUGAGGGCCUAAGGAUCACCAACACAUUGCCUUGGGUUAAUGGAUUCAUGAACAUUUGACACUGGAGAGCUUCCAAAUAGGCUUACAAGUUUGUCACUGCCAUAGUCUAUGAAAUUUGUAACGUUUGAUUCUCCUUAUCAUGUACCAGGUCCUUGAGCUACAGAACGCAAUAGAAAACAUAUCUGCGGAAUACAAUAAUGAGACCGUGAUGCUGAAAGACAUCUGCCUGACUCCUUUGGCACCGUAUAACCGCAACUGCACCAUUCUCAGUGUGCUGAAUUAUUUCCAGAACAGUUACUCUGUGUUAAACCAUUCAAUCAGUAACCUCUUCUAUGUGGUCGCAGAUUACCACACUCACUUCCUAUACUGUGUGCAGUAAGUAACCUUGUUUGUGUCUGUGCUGUAGGGAUGAUCUAAAACAACCUUUCCAGUCCCCUUCUUCAAGAAUCACCUAUACAAUAGGAGUCGAUGUUUAAAUAUUCAUGUUUCUCUACCUAGUCUGUAGUUGGAUGGCAGGUCAAGUCUUUGCUUGCUCUUCUUGGCUGAAGACUGGCCAGUCUGGAUCUAAAGAACCAGUGUAUGCAGAUCAGAGCUUAGCUGAUGGUGUAGGACUAACUCCCACUAUAAUCAAAGGGAAACUAUAUAGUGCCAGGAAAACAAACUUGAGUGUGUGUUUGUGGGGGUGAGGGGGGGAGGAGAGAGAGGGGGUGUGUGUGUGUGUGUGUUAUUAUAUUAUAAAUAUAAUUUUUUUUGUUUGUUUUUUAUUAAAAUAAUUUUUUAAAAAUAAUGAUUUUGAUAUCCCCCCUCCCUGCUUACCUUUGCCUGGGAGGGGGACAGUACAAGGCAAUCCCUGGUGGUCCAGUGAAGAAGCCCUGGCGGGGAGAGUGAAAUCUUGCCUGCAGUUCAGGCUAAAGUUCACUCUUGCGAGAUUUGGAGUGUGCCAUGGUUACCACUGCACCGCUCAGAGCUUGCGAGAGAAGAACCCAGCGAGAAAAAACAUUUAGGUAUUGCUUGCUCAGCCCUAAACGGAAGACCUCAUUAUAACAGUCAACACCAUGUCUGCCAGUUUACUUGUGUUAUGACAUCCCCCAACUAACUUUUUCAGUGGUGCUGCUGGCCGCUGUAUCACUGGAAGAGUAUUUCAUAUAGUCACAUAGCUUACCCAAACUGUGGAGGCCACCCUAGGACAGUGAUGGCAGAUCAUCAUGGGGGAAAAAAAAAUAAAAAAUUCCCAGUAAUUAGCAAACUUGAAAAUUGCCAAGGAGAUCUGAUAUCAGAAUAGCAGAGUUGAGAGAAUGUUUCCAGUUUGCAUAUUUCAGCUACAUUUUACAGUUUCGUUGUCAACCUUCCAUAAGUCACAGUUUUAAAGUGAAGAAUCCCCAUUUUUUUUCUUUAUUUUUUUUGGUUUGGGUUUUUUUUUUCUUUUUUUCAAGGUCUCCUAAAGUACUGCCAAAACUUUGCUUGAUUGCAAAGGUGAUGAUGCAAAAUAAAUCUUGUGUAUAUUUUCAGCUGUGAGACUUGGGACAGUAACAAUUUGUAACCCUGCCUCACCAAACUGUCAGACAGAAUGUUUAUUUCCAGCCGCACAAUUAUCCGUUGUUUCCCACAUUUUGUGUGCUCUCCCUCCUGUGGCUGCCCUCCAUUUAGAGUGGUUCCAAUCAUCCAUUGCUAGAAAGUUUACUUAGCACUAAAUACCUGCUUUGGGGUGGUCUAUGGAAUAAGACUAGUUAUUGCUGGCUUCCUAUUCUGUUUAACAGCAGCGAGCUGCCCAGAUCAUAAUGUAUAAUGCAGAGUGAGUCCCAUACAUUGCUGCACUCGAGACGUUCUGAUUUCAAAUCCUGUCAUGCCUUUCGUUUCAUCUCCUAUUCUGAGUCUUUCUAAUGAACAGCAGUUUGUGUGACAGUCUAGUUUGCCUGCCCUAUCUAUUGUGACAGUCUUUGCCUUGGAUAAAAUGUGUAACUGACUGUAUCCUUCUCAUGGCCAUUUCUUUCAGGUCCCCAGCCUCUCUGAAUGACACAACCAUUCUGCAUGACCCUUGCCUGGGUACAUUUGGGGGACCCAUCUUUCCAUGGCUGGUACUAGGGGGCUAUGAUGGUGAGUUGCCACACACUCCUGAUUACUGUUUUCUAUUGAAUCCUUGUUUUUCAUUUGCACUGUUCAUAUAACCUCUUCCAAUUUUUGGGAUGGCCUGUGUGAAGUGGGACCUGUGGCUUGGGUGCACAAGAUGCCUUAGCCAGCCACACAUAGAGGCCGGCCCACGUUGACACGGGAGGUUUCAGCCUUUGAUUAAGCCAUCACGUGUGCACAGAUUCACAUGUACUCAUGAUUCUUUUCUCUGUAUUACCGAAAACAGAUAUAUGGUACAGAGCAGGCAGGACCCAUGUGCUAACUCUAGACUCUCUAGAUGUAAUUUGGAGUGAUUGAUGCAGAUCUAGAUGUAGAUUGUUUUUAAAUGAAAUAUGUCUCUUUCUUAAUGCAGAAGAGAAUUAUAACAAUGCAACAGCGCUUGUGAUUACCUUUCCUGUGAACAAUUUCCACAAUGAUACAGAAAAACUAAACAAAGCAAAGGCCUGGGAACAAGAGUAAGUCAUUUUCUUUGAUGGUUAAUCGAUGUUUGGCAAUGUUGCAGUAAGAAGGGACCUUACUGACCAUGUUGCAAAAGUUCAGUAUAUUGUUCAGUAUACAUUUCAAGCAUCCCAGGCUGGAGUUCCCAUCCCCACUUACUGCAUUGGUUAAAUAAUGUUGUAGAAGUAAAAGGAAAAAACCCAUUCAGAUCUGCUGCAGGUCAGUAGUGAGCAAGAUAUGGUAUAUGUAGCAGGAUAUGGUAUAUGUAGCAGGAUAUGGUAUAUGUAGCAGGAUAUGGUAUAUGUAGCAGAAUGCAAAGCCCACAGCAGAGAUAUGAAUUUCAGUUGUCACAAGUAGCAUCAUUCAUGGUCAAAAAAACAAAACCUGCAAUAAACACAAGUUGGCUCUUUGAGUUUUUUUUUUAAUAAUUUCAUUACCACGGUAUUGCAGGUAGUGUAAAAUAUACAAUUUAAUAUGCAUUAACCCCUUCACGACUGGGUCUGUAUGUGGUACGGCACCAUCGGUUAUGUACAUCCAAUGUGAUGUAUACCCCUAAUAUCACUGCAAUCACUAUCGCCGUGACAAUAUUUAAUAAAGUGCGUUUUUGUGUCGUAAUGCGUAACUUGUGAACCGAAGGAGCUAAAUCAAAAUCUUAUCUGCCAGUGUUUAAAAACGGUAUAUGAUGUAUGGGUGCACUUAAAGGUAAACUGUUAAAUUCCGGUGUUACAAACCUAUAGCAAAGAUGCCAAUAAGGCCCCUGUCAUGAAAUGGCGGUAUUUAGGAAAAGCUCAGUCACGAAGGGGUUACUAUACAUUGGUCAAAUUGAACCUGUCUUGGCAUAACGGUAGGUCAGAUCAAAGGCCAUGAAAUUUAAUUUAUGCAUUGUGCUAGCAGAAUUGCAGGCAAUUUUAUACAUUCUAACUAAAUCUAAACUAAGUUUAGAGUAAAAGAGGAGAGCAUGAGAAUCCCCCCUUCUGUAGGUUCUCUUGCACUUCGUCACAGCAACUAGAGGGCAUUCAUUGAAGUUACUGUGAUGUUCCUCUGUGCUUGCUAGGAUAGUAUAAAUGGAGCAAUAUUGGGGAAGCACCAGUAAUGGAGGCUGGAGGAACUGGAAACCUUCUAUUAUGGUGACCGCAUCACCUAUUGCAAAUUAAAUCUGAUAAUUGCAAAUUAAAUUUAAUAUUCAUUUGCUGUGCUAUUAUAGCACUACCUCUGCUAUAAUACCCUGCAGCUACAUAUUGAGAAUUAUUUUACAACAGUUUUCUUCUCUGUAACGUCAUUAUUUGAUACAUCUUUUUUAUUUAUUUAUUAAAGGUUUUUUUUGUUUGUUUUUUAUUUGUUUCCUUUAAAUAAUGUGUGAUCUAUACAUACUGAAAUGAAAAACAAAUAAAUAAAACAUUACUUCUUUACAGAAUACCUAAAGUACUCAUUCAGUUUCUUUGGGGUUUGUUUUUUUUUCUGCAAAAAAAACCCCUAAACUACUUGGUAGUGAAUUAGUUAAUCAAGUUAAGAUUAAGAUUUCUGUUGCUUUUAAAGGACCACUAUAGGCACCCAGACCACUUCAGCUUAAUGAAGUGGUCUGGGUGCCUGGUCCAUCUAGGUUUAACCCUUUUUUCUAUAAACAUAGCCGUUUCAGAGAAACUGCUAUAUUUAUGUUAGGGUUAAUCCAGCCUCUAGUGGCUGUCUCAUUGACAGCAGCUAUAGGGUUUCCGCGUUUCUCACUGUGAAAAUCACAGUGAGAAGACGCCAGCGUCCAUAGGAAAGCAUUGUGAAUGCUUUCCUAUGGACUGGCUGAAUGCGCGCGCAUGCGCAUUCAGCCGAAGAGUAGGAGAGGAGGAGGAGAGCUCCCCGCCCGGCGCUGGAGAAAGAGGUAAGUUUAACCCCUUCCUCACCCUAGAGCCCGGCAGGAGGGAGUCCCUGAGGGUGGGGGCACCCUCAGGGCACUAUAGUGCCAGAAAAACAAGUAUGUUUUCCUGGCACUAUAGUGGUCCUUUAAGUGUUCCUGUGAACUUAAUUUAAAAGCAAUAAGUUUCAUUGAAUGACUAUUGAUUUUAGGUAAAAAUAAAAUGUUACUGUGGUUUGCAAUAUAAUGACUAUAUAGUCCCUCCCAAUGUUGACCAUAUUUUAAAUAUUAAAUACAUUUAGUAAUAACUUAAAAUGAAUAUAUUUAUUUUUGUGACUUGAAAUUCAUGUGGAUGUUGUGUUUUUAAUCAAAAUAUUUAUACACAUUUUUUCCCCCCUUUAAAGAUUUAUCCGGUUUGUGAAAAAUUAUAAUAAUUCAAAUUUAUCGAUUUCGUUCUCUGCGGAGAGGAGCAUUGAAGACGAGAUAAAUCGGGAAAGCUACAGCGAUGUUUCCAUUGUGCUAAUCAGCUAUGGCUUAAUGUUUGCUUACAUCUCCUUGGCAUUGGGAAACGUCGGCCAAUGCCGUAGUGUCCUGGUGGGUAAAAUUCUAAAUACUAUUUAUGUUAAAUUCCUUCAAACUAGGAAGAAAUUGCUGUGAAUUUAAACUCCAAUAACUAAAUGCAGGUGCCAGCUGCAUAGUUGGGAAAAUUCUCUGUUUUGUGUUUCGAUGAGAAUUUUUUGUUUAAUCACAGGAACCAAAAGUGUGUAUUUUAAACAAUAUCCAAACUCUGUCAGCACUGGGAGACUCUCUUUUGUCUCUCUCAUUCUAGUGCAGCGAUGUGCUGAGCUUACAGUUGGCUUAGCGACAAAUUCAUCCAGCUGUCACUGAGAUCUGCCAACUGCCUGUAAAGAUAUUGCUAUACAUUUACAGGGGAAAAAUAGUGUUUUGAUCAUUUACAUUCACAUAAAAUAUUAAAGGGUUACUCCAACCACCAUGACCACUUCUGCUUUUAGAAAAUAAGGAACCGGAUGCCACAUUUGUUUCCAAAAUGGAUAACGUAGAAGUGUUGGUACUUAUAGUGCUUCUUUAAAGUGAUGUUGCUCUUUUGCUUCAGUUAGGCAUUGCAAUUUCAUUGAUACAGUUUUCUAUCUAAACUGAUAACAAAUAUAUAGAUUUGAACAACUGUCUACUGAGUCCUGUCUUCCUGUGCAGUAAAUUGAUUUACUCCCUAAACUUAGGCCCAGAAUGCACAAAAAUGCAAGGCAGCCUCAGUUCCAAGUACCGUUAAAAUCGCUUUCUUUCCAUUAAAAUCAAUGCAGCACAAAACGGCAACGUAUAGAAAUAAAGCUAGAUACCACCAUGUGAAAAGCAGGGAAUGCUGUUAAACGGAAAUGGAAUCCUCCUUUCAUUCUGGAGCUUGCGUGUUCAUGCGCAGUCUGUUUUCUACAUUGUGUGUAUAUUCUCUCGUGUAGACCUCAAUAUUGUUUACAGUUGUGCAUAAUCAUUUUGGAUAUUGUUCCUUUAUACCUAUCCUUGGUUAAAUUUUUCUGUCCAUUAGUUUGCAAUAUUCCCUGUGUCUGUAUCAUUUUAUUAAUUGUUCGUGUUUUUAUUAUGUUAAUGUCCUGUUCUCUUACCCACAGGUGGACUGCAAGGUGUCUCUGGGUAUUGCGGGCAUUCUGAUUGUGCUCAGUUCUGUAGCGUCCUCCUUGGGAAUCUUCAGCUACGCCGGCAUUCCGCUCACGCUCAUUGUUAUCGAGGUUAUACCAUUUUUAGUUCUUGCCGUAGGAGUGGACAACAUCUAUAUCAUCGUACAAACUUUGCAGGUGAAUUUUUAUGCCGAUCAGAUACAUUUUAAUGCUUGUGUUGAAUAUGUCUACCUUGUUUUAAGUUAACUCAUUAUCAGACUGUACACUCAGUGGGCAAUGAGGCAUCUUCACACUUUUUAUCUUUAAUAUUGAUGUUCUACUCUUGCUUAUCUGAUGGCUAACUUCUCAUGAACGCUCACUGUGUCCUGUAGGUUCUUGCAAGCAACGUUCUUCUCAUUCUUUAUUUGUAAAUUCGGCAAUUGUGUGUCUCUGUGUCUAUCAGCCACUAAUGGUGAUAUUUAUAGAUGUUAGUAUUUAAUAUAAUAUCGGGAUGCAGCACUGCAUGCAAUGGUGAUGCUUUAUCUGUACAGGAGAAAGGAAAUGGCAAUACAAUUGCACCAAAUCAAACACUCUCCUGUUGACUUAUCCAAGUUUCUACAUGUUUUAACACGCGUGUGUUUAUGGCUUUGUACAGAGAGAUGAACGCCAGCAGGGGGAAACCCUUGAUCAGCAGAUUGGCAGAGUCCUGGGGUCUGUUGCUCCCAGCAUAUUCCUAUCAGCUUUCUCAGAAACUGUUGCCUUUUUCCUAGGUGAGCAAUAGUAUUAUAUGUUUUAUUAUCCUUUAGGUAAGUCUAGAAAGGUUACAUUAAGAGAAGAACUUUUCUUACUUUAAUAUCUUGUGCCUGAUAUUCCUGAAAGUUUGCCAGUAUAUGGAUUUAAUCCGUAAACCACGUACUUUGGAGAAUAGGCUACGUCACUGCAAAAUUUAGGCCAACAGUCAAAUUAUAUGAAUUCUUCUUCUAAAUUAAGUCCUUUGUCAAUCUUCCACAAUUUCUGUUUCAGUGAUUAAUCACCACUGUCUGUCAUACGUCUUGCUGAACUGUCAUGGCACCAUGCAUAACUCACUAUUGUAGAACGCCCACAUACACGGGAUUCACAUCUAAUGGAAACAUAGAAUAUACAUGAAGAAUCAAAGAAGGCCAUGCACUUGGUAUAUUAACAAGCUGUGAUAUGAAGUACCUAGAGUGGUGACUAGUAAAUUAAAAGAACCAACACCCACCUUAAAUUUAUUAUAAUCAUGUGUUAAACUACAGUGUAUUGAUAGUCUGAAUGAACCACUACUUUCAUGUCUCUGCAUUGACACUGUAUAUUGCAUCUCUAUUUCAGGAGCACUGUCUACUAUGCCAGCAGUGCGCACAUUUUCCCUUUUUGCCGGAAUGGCUGUGUUCCUGGAUUUCCUCCUUCAGAUCACCUGCUUUGUGAGCCUCCUCGGUUUGGACAUCAGACGCCAAGAGGUGCUUGGUUAUUCUAUGCUUGGAUUUGGUUAGGGAUUCUUUAACUCCAAAGCAUGUUUGAUAACCGCAGUUACUGGAUGGAAAUUAGAAAGUGUUUAGUUUUUCCCGCAGAAGGCAUUCAAAUCAAUAUUGCAUAGAAUUAUAAAGAAUUUUGCUGAUCUUUUGAAGACAGAUUUUCUAUGAUAUUUUCACCUAAAAUAUAGAAUAUAGCCAUGUUUUCUAAUAUCUGAGUUAAUGACGCAAAAAAAGUCCUUAUUCUGUAUUUGGUGGGUCCUCAUUGGUUUGAACAGGUUCAUUAUGUUCAUCCAUUACCAGACAAUUGCCCGCAAUAUAUUGUUGACGGCUAUGUCUUCCUCCAGGCAAGGCAUAGUCUGGUGAAGGAAUAUUUUCCGUUUACACUAUAAGAAAAUAAUUUUACAGUAGGUGAUGUGUUGCUAAAUUAACACUUGAAACACGUUUAAGAAUAAGAACCACUGGCUUAUAGAAACCAGACCUUAAUUGCAUGGGGAACACCAUUAAAGUAUCUCCUUUGGCCACAUAUGGUCCAUGCCAUGGCAGAACAUAUUCAAAUACACAUGCCUGUUUUAUCUGGAACAUUCUAAUUGGUUAUAGAAAAAACUAGAUAGUUUGGGUAGAAUUUUUUGAGACAGCGUUAAAUUGAAUGCGGUCUACAAGAUUUAUCAUGUGUAAAAUAAUUUUAAAUAGGAAAUAAAAAAAAACAAUUCCUUAUCUCUAACAUUAACAAACUGUUGUAUGAAGGACUAAAACAUUAAAGGUGUAUUACUUUCUUAAAUGCUUAACAGAUGGUAAGGAGUGAUACUUUUCUAGCUAUAAACUGUUCAUUAAUCCCAAUAUCAAUUAUAAAACCUACAGAUUCAAAAUAAGGAGUGAGAAUGCUUCUCUGUUUGCAAUACCCUUGAAAAAUGGAACAAGAAAAUAGUUUUUUGCAACUUAAAAAAGAUCUUGGGUCAAAUUUGGUACAAAAGCCUCAUGUCUUAAAGAACCUAGAGGCAGGAGUCUUUUUUUGGAGAAUUCUUUUUGCUAGGUCGGGGAAGGCCAAUUACAAAUAGGAUAGUUGUUUAUUCUUUUAAGUCAAUAUAAUUAAUUUAUUUAUUUAAUCUGUGUACUCGUUUAACAAAUAGAAAAACCGAUUGGAUAUCCUUUGCUGUGUCCCAGGAUGUAAACGCGAUCGUGGGGCUAAAAAAUCUGAAAGCUGGGUGUUCCUGUUUUUCAAAAAACUUUUCUCUCCGCUGUUAAUGAAGGACUGGGUACGACCGAUUGUGGUAAGUUAUGUCCGCAAGGUACAUUUGCCAAGAUUCUGAGCCAAUCUGUCUUGACUAUUUUAUUUUUAUUUUAUUUUUUAAAAUUUAAUUUACUAUAAAACUAUUUUUUCAAAGGGGGGGUGGGUGUAACCUUAUAAUAAAACCGUUCUGACAAUAUCAUAGUAGUAUAACAUCAGUCAUAAAACAAUGUGAUACAAAGGAAGAUCUUCAGGCACUCGGUGUUCAAACAGCAAGCAGUUUUACUGGAUCAAAAUUAGUGACAGAGCAAUGUUCCAACCUUAUACAAGGUGUUUGUCAAGUUCGACACAGACCUUGUAUAAGGUUGAAACAUAACUUUGUCAAUAUUUUUGAUCCAAUAAAACUGUUGCUGUUUGAACACUGCGAGUUCAUGAAGAUCUUCCUUUGAACUGUUAUGUUAUUCUGGAUUUGCUGGUCCUACUUCAGCUAAGCACGUGGUGGUCAUCUGGAAUUGAGUGCGGUUUCCUUGGUCCUCUUUGGUAAUAUAAAACCAUAUGAAAAGAAUUGUAAGAAAAAAAAUAACAAUAAGAAACAAAACAAAGGACAGUAUGUUUGCUUUGACUUGCCUUUAGGUUUAGGCUUUGUCUAUCCCAUUGUUUGCCAAGUGUGUCUUUAUGCACCCCUGAAAUUUAAGGGUUAUCCAAUUCUGCUUCAAUGGGAUUUUUGAGAUAGAUUUGGCCAUCAGUGAUUAAUGGGUUGUUCUAUAUUAUACAACCAAGGCUAUGACCAUCCAGGCUGCUCAAUACUUCUGGCUAUGUGAAUAGAGUAUACCCCCUUAGGGUCGGUCAUUGAGAAGGUUUGGGGGAUUUUUUUUCUCGGGAAAAAAAUCUGUCUUUUGAUGAAGUGCAACUUUCACAGUAUUCUAGAGCAUCUGUUGAUCUGCUCUAGAGCUGGAUGAUUAGUCCAAUAUUUGGAUAAUUUCUUUACAUUUAUCAUGUAUUAAAAUUCACAAUUUAUUACUCCUAAUGUAUCGAAUACAAGAUACCUCUCUAAGUAGAUGUCUCUCCUGCACUAAGCCCCUUGUUAGAAACAUAGAAACAUAGAAUGUGACGGCAGAUAAGAACCAUUCGGCCCAUCUAGUCUGCCCAAUUUUCUAAAUACUGUUGUGAUGAUGCUUCAACCAUUUCCAUAUAUAAUAUUGGUAAGAACAUAUAACACACAGACAGUACAGCUGUACAUUGACAGCCUUGGACGCUGAUUACAUUUGAGCUGUUCAUAGUUGAGUGGCUCCAAUUCAUGUCUAUGGUAAAACUGAAAUAGAUGUUGCAGGGAUUGUAAAGUUGCACAUUAAGUGCAAUUUCUCUGACAAAAUAAAAGUAAAGGUGGGAAGAAUAUGUCCUAAUUUUACUAAUUUAUCAACAUGCAAUUCCAAUCUCUUUCCUGGAAACUAUAUAGUUUACGUGACGUGUAUACGUUGUGAGCACUUUAAAACGCUCUCCUAUUUACGGCCAAAUUACUGUUUUUGAACAUCAAUCCUUUAGAUUGGUUUUAAACUCUGUACUAUGCCAUGACUAUGCUUAGCACUACAAACUUCCCAAGCUUGUCUGUCACUCCUCUAAAGCUAUUAAACGCCACAAAUUGAAUAUUUUUAAUUCUCAUGCAGCAUAAUUUCACAUAUGUUUUUUGUUGUUUAUUUAUAUUUUCCCUUUCUUCGUACUGGCUCAAGAUUCGUGCUCCAAAACAUAGGUGUAAGGGAAGUUUCCUGUGAUCAUUUGCUAAUGUAUGUAUUCUGUUAGAGCUGUGCAGCUCAUUGCAGCAUCUGACUUUCUUCCAGAUAUCUGUGUUUGUGGGAAUCCUAUCAUUCAGUAUUGCUGUGACGAAUAAAGUAGAGAUCGGUUUGGAUCAAGCUCUGUCAAUGCCUGAUGUAAGUUAUCUCUGUAAUGAGCACUCGCUGAAUUCUGAGAAGCUUUUUGGAAUUCUGAGUCUUUUUUUAAGAAGCAGACGAACAUAGUAAUUUCUAUGGAUUUACUUCCUCAAAAUAUCAUCACGAUUACAAUCUUGCCAUCCAUCACACACUAUAUUGCUUUCUUUCUGGAAAAUAAAUUGGGGACGUUACACAUAGAGUCCACAGUUACACACAUAUCUUCUUCUUGAAUCGCAUGAAGUUUUAUAUAAUACAGCAAAUGUCUUAUGCUUAUAUAUUGUUACUGUAACACACGGUAAGCAUUCUCCAACUCCCAUGUGUUUUCUUUCCCCUCCAGGACUCCUACAUGUUGACAUACUUUCACUCUCUCAAUAAGUUCCUGCACACCGGCCCUCCUAUGUACUUUGUGGUCGAGGAAGGACAUGACUACACUUCUAAAGAAGGACAGGACAUGGUGUGUGGGGGCUCAGGAUGCAAUAACAAUUCAAUGGUGCAGCAGAUCUACAAUGCAGCACAGAUAAGUAACUAGUGAGUAGUUUGCAAGCACGUAGACAAAGCUGUGUUUGUUUAGUUACCUUUCUGUAUAUGUGACUCUAUGAUGCCGAGUGGUACUUGCGACUCCUGUCUUAUAUUUCCACCAAUACAUUGCAAAUAACUUGUAAUGCCAACCUUUUUUCUUCUUUUAGCACCAGGAUCGGGUAUUCACCAUCCUCUUGGCUUGAUGACUACUUUGAUUGGGUAAAGCCUCAGUCUUCCUGCUGCCGAGUCUAUAAUGAGACCGAGAAGUUCUGCAAUGCUUCAAGUAAUUACUUCUGUGUUUGGGAGCAUCAGCCACAAUGUGUCUGGAAAUAUUUGUGUCCUUAACAACGUUUCUGAUAAACUGCAUUGAUUACAUUGCAGGACUUAGACUGCCUCCAGUGGCUGUCAGUCAGACUGCCUCCAGUGGCUGUCAGUCAGACUGCCUCCAGUGGCUGUCAGUCAGACUGCCUCCAGUGGCUGUCAGUCAGACUGCCUCCAGUGGCUGUCAGUCAGACUGCCUCCAGUGGCUGUCAGUCAGACUGCCUCCAGUGGCUGUCAGUCAGACUGCCUCCAGUGGCUGUCAGUCAGACUGCCUCCAGUGGCUGUCAGUCAGACUGCCUCCAGUGGCUGUCAGUCAGACUGCCUCCAGUGGCUGUCAGUCAGACCGCCACUUGAGACAUUAAGCUGAAGUGUUCUGGGUGCCUAGAGUGGUCCUUUAAUUUGGAAAAAUUGAACGUGGUGGUAAACUUGACACAACAUGGCCAUAUGGUGAAACUGAAUAAUAAAUUGUUUGCUAAUAUAGGUGAUUGUAAGUAGUUUUAUAAAAUGUUUAAUCUUUUUAGUAUGUGUGUUGUUUCCUUAAUCUGUAUUUUAAAUCAACUGCAGUCACAUUUUGUUUAUUUAGUAGAAAUGCUUGUGUGUCAGAUUUGAAGCGAUGUAAGCAGCAUAUAACAAAACAGGAGCCUUUUAUUGAAGGACCAGCUCUUCCUCUCCUGUAGAGAGCUUUUGCAGAGCCCCAGCCUUCUCUCCCUGACAGUUACCCUUUUGCAUGCAUUACUUGUGUUGUCUCUCUGGUCAAUCCCUAAAGGCAUGUUAUUUAUUUAUUUUUCGUGUGCAUAUACGGAUGAGUGAUAAAAACUUUCUUCUAAUACCAUGCACUGCUUCAUUUAGUAUAAUGUUUAUUUUGUUUCUUGUAAUCCAAAUGUUAUUCUUGCUUUGAUUUUUGUACCUUUGUAGAGUAACCUGGGGGUAAGGAUUGUACCUUUAGCCACAGAGAGAUAAUUUAGCAAAUUACCUGAUUUUUCUUCUGUUUUUUCCAUCUUCUGUAGUUGUUGAUCCAGCCUGUGUACGUUGCCGCCCUUAUACUCAAGAAGGAAAGCGGAAGCCGGUCGGGGAAGAGUUUAUGAAAUUCCUUCCUAUGUUCCUGUCUGAUAACCCUAACCCCAAAUGUGGGAAAGGGUAAGUGUGUUACAACUGUUUGGCAGCUAGGGUUUGCAUUCCAAACUCAGACCUGGUUAUUCACUAAAAGGCAAAUUCAUUUCAGUUCUGGCCAAAUGCAUUGUUUUUAAGCGAUAUCAAUAAGAACAUCAUCUUAACUUGAUCUAAAGUUAUUGGAAAUAGGAUGUGCCCGUUUGUUCGUGCACACAUCUCUGCAGUUCUCUGCAUAGACUUCCAUUCUGACCUGAUGUCUUGUAGGAUACUAUAGCAUAAACAUUCCAUGUUCUUUUGAACUUCAGUGAUACUAGUGUCAUUUCCUGCCCCUGACAUUAUCUCCUGUUACUUUCAGUGGCCAUGCCGCAUACAGCACUGCAGUUGACCUCUUGAACAAUAACACCCAAGUCGGGGCCACCUACUUCAUGACUUACCACACCAUUCUGAAAACCUCUGCAGAUUUCAUUGAUGCCUUGAGGAAAGCUCGUGUCAUGGCGAAAAACAUCACUGAUAACAUGGACAUACCUGGGAAGAAUUAUCACGUAUUUGCUUACAGGUAUAUGAUCAACAAGGACUGGUUAUUUAGCGAGUGUGGUAAAACAUGGCAUAGGUUACUAUGCUUUGUACCAAAAGGUGCUUGAGAAUCUCUUGGGAAAAGGGGGAUGAUGUCCCUGCACUUCUACUGCAAGUUCAUGUGGCUGCAUUUAACUUCCUAGGUGUCUAUAUUAUAAGUAAAACUGCUUUGUUUGCAUGGAGAUUCCUCCAGGGAUAAAUUGUUUGUAUUGUGUUGUCUUUCUUUAUAUAUAGAAACCAUGCACAGUUGAUUUAAAAAUCAAACAAACAAGGUUUGUGAUGCAAUAAGUCAUUUAUGUCUCCAUUUCUUGCAGUAUAUUCUACGUAUUUUAUGAGCAGUAUUUAACCAUCGUGAAUGAUACCAUCUUCAACCUGUGUGUAUCUCUGGCUGCCAUAUUCUUUGUGGCUGUAAUAUUGCUGGGCUUCGAGCUCUGGUCAGCAUUUCUGAUGAGCCUUACAAUCGCCAUGAUUCUUGUCAAUAUGUUCGGAGUCAUGUGGCUUUGGGACAUCAGCUUGAAUGCAGUAUCACUUGUCAAUUUGGUUAUGGUGAGUUUAUCUAUGAUCUAUCAUGUAUAUAUUAUAUCUAUCUAGCUACGGUACUUAUCUCUGAAAUGAACCAUUUUGACAAUGAAUACGCAGAUUGUACCGUGCACUAUGAAUGAAUGCUCCUGUUUUCACCCCCAUGCAGUGCUGCGGUAUUUCUGUGGAAUUUUGCAGUCAUAUAACCAGAGCGUUCUCCGUCAGCACAAAGGGCAGCCGUGUUCAGCGAGCGCAGGAUGCUUUAGCCCAUAUGGGCAGUUCGGUAAGUGUGUUCCAGCAUCCUAUGCCUGUCUAGUUUUAAUUGGAUGUGAUCCUCAAAUGCGGUUUGUUACGUAAAGUUUUAAGACUAUUUGAUGGCAUCCAGAUAAAUCCGCUUCAAGAUGUAAUUAAGAUCACUGGAGUUAUUCAAUAAACUUUGAUUAGGGUACAAUGAAAAUUGCUAAUCUUUAGGCCUCAAAGAUGAAUUUGACAUGUUUUUUAAUGUAAUUUUUUUCCCUAUUAGAAUGAUUUGAAUUUAUACAUUUUGAAGAUAGUUGUAAUUGUUCAAAUAAAUAUUAGAUUAUUAUGUUUGAUACAAAGGACUCAGUCACACGUAUACGCUUAUAUAACUUCAAGGAACAUUCCCUCUGUUUCCAUGGUGACUGCUCACGUUUUUGCGCUACAUUUCCCCAUAAAAAUAUUUACUCUUGUGCCCAUAUCUUUCACAUAACCUGUCUUGAGGGACCAUACUAUAAACUGCGUUUUAAGCCAAUGUAUAUUUUAGGUUCCAUUUCCCAUAUUGUAGCUUUGUGUAAGGUUUUGUUACUAUUGGUCUUUUCAGCACCAAGACCCAUCAGAGAAUAGUAAUGCAGGGUGUGUACAGAUACAAUUGCUUAACUGUGUUGUCUUCUUCCCCCUCCAGGUUUACAGUGGAAUCACACUGACCAAGUUUGUUGGCAUUGGUGUGUUGGCUUUCUCGAAGUCUCAGAUAUUUAAAGUGUUCUACUUCAGAAUGUAUCUAUCGAUGGUGCUGCUGGGGGCUGCUCAUGGCUUAAUAUUUCUACCUGUUCUUCUAAGUUACUUAGGUGAGUGCAGGGAGGGUGAUAAGGACAAUACGUAGCCAUGGUGCACUGUACCAGCACCCAGUGAAAGGAGACGAGCCUUUUACUUGCAUACACAGUACUCCUGCCCAAAUAAACAAUACUUUCAUUUAUCUGCUUUCUUGUGUUAGCAAUACUUACAUAGAAGUCCUGGAUAAAAAUGGGAUAAAUGAUCUAUGUCAAAAAAAAUCCGAGCACAUCAAUUCUAUUAAUUUUUCAUUGAAAUAAGUUUCCAAUCUUUAUGAAAAACCCCUGUAUACAGAAGGCUGAAUAUUGAAUGGACAGGAGCUCAAAAUGGGUAAUAUAGAUUAAAAUAAUCAGCUGGGAGUAGAAUAUAUUAGGUCCUCUAACACGGUCAGAUUUUCCAUUCUACUGUGAACAGGGAAUACACAUACUAAAACCCCUGCUAUAGCAUUUUGCAUUAUUUGAUAGUGACAAACUGGCUGCCGGGUCCUGUGUCUUUACAUUACAUCACCUAUAACUUUGAAUGCUUAGUGUCAAUUUCCUUAAAACACCUACAGAAUGCAGAGCUGCGAAGUAAAGGUUAUUUUGCAUAGGGCAUAGACUAUGUAUUUAACCUGUGUUAAGACAAACUUCAAAGUCUAUCACAGACUCUGCAUGGAAAGAUAGACAUUGGGACAAAUGGCCUUUAUCCUAACUUACUGCAGUUAAUCUGGGCCAUUGGCAGUUUCUCUAUAAACGGCAAGUGUUUUUUGUUACACAGGACCCAUUCCCUCAGUACAUUAAAACACCUAUAUUUUUAUUCUCCAGCCUGACACAGAUUGAACGCUCCAUCAUAUGAUUUAGAUUUUGUUUGUUAAUGAAAGUUCAAUAUUCACACCUUCUCUAGAUUGUUUUACUUGUAUUGGUAAGCAGGGAUCAGGUUCUAUGCAGGCUAGAAUAGCACUUUGUGAUAAUGUUUAGAGUAUGCUGACAUCUAGUAAAUUGAUCAGAUUCUUUACAAAUACGCAUGUACUAAGCUAAUUUAUAUUUUUACAUCUAAAAUAGGUUCUAAACUUUUUUUUUUUUUUUUUUUAUAGCGAACAUCUCUAGUCUUACCUUGCCAUUUAUACUUAACUUUGAAAUAACAUUAUUAGAAUUUAUGAUUACUAUUGGGUAGAGAGCAGUGUUUUUCUUAAAUUAAUUCUGUAAUGAACAUGUGCCAAUUUCCUUUAUAGUAAGUCAGCUGGGUAUCAUUUCACAAAUAAGUGUUACCUAGCUUCCCACUGAAACAAUUUACUCCUAUCCCUGAACUACAAUCCUUAUUCAUUUCAAGAGUGCAUUCUAGGUAAGGAGUGAUAAAGGGUCAGAGAAGACAAAGUGGAUAGAAUUUAUUUUAUAAAAUAUUAACUCUUAUGGCUGCAGAUUGAAUGUCAAAAUAGUAAAAUGUGACCAAACUUGAUCAUUUCUGGUGCAUGUAGAAUUGAAAUGGCAUUCUGAGCUAGAGUUGACCUAUUGUAAUGUAUUGUCUAGCUUAGAUCUAUCAAACUUUAAACCUGUCAGUUGAAACAGUGUCUUUGCGGUUGUAUGGAUCAAAGUCUGUAUGGCACCUGCUGUAUACUUACCUCCUCAGCGAUUGCGAACUGAAAUAAAAAUAUUAGGAAUUAUCCGGAAGAGUAAAUGGAAAUCUAUAGAAAUGUAGUGUAAACUACACCACCUAGUGAAGUGCUAAUACAAAUAUAAGUGAUAGAGGGGUUCACUUACCAACAAUUUUGUGUUGUCUUAAAUUCAGGAAUAUGCUUUUAAACAUACAAUGAAGGGGAAAAAAAGAGAUAAACAUAUAGUGUAGAUGGUUUUGGUGAAACAAACCACUCACAUGUUCUGGAAAUCUAAUUACAGCAGAAAUAGAAUGCAGGAGGGCAGUUAUAGCAAAAGUGGAGAUAUAUAUUUUUUUUUUAUAUUUUAGUAGAAGGGUAAAAAUUGUUAGUUUGGGAAACUGAGUGUGGAGGUUAGUAGGGAAGGAAUGAAAGUGAACAUAUAUUGAGAAGGUGUAAUUUUAAACUCAAAAUAACCAAUCUGGAAAGAUUCACUAGGCAAAUCAUGCUUUCAGUUUGAGUCUGGCCUUAAAGCAACACUCUGUUAGAAUGUAUUCCUAACAGUAUAGUGUUCCUCUGCACCACCCAGUAAAUAAAGGGUUUAAAGAAAAAAAACUAACCCUUUCACUUACCUGAACUCCGCUAUAUAGAUUGCUUUUCACCUCCUCCGACAUUACAGCACUUCGGGAACCUAAUGCAUAAUGAGCACAUUAGGCCUUCCUCAUAGGAAAGCACUAACUCAAUGCUUUCCUAUGGGGAUUUUCAAGAUGCUGGACAAAGCAAGAGGACGUCCAGCAUAGUUUCAGUGUUAAACUCUUGAAUCUAGGAAGCCCUUCUAAUGGCCGUCUGGGAGACAGCCACUAGCUGCAAUGCUUAACACUGCUACCCGAUCUAGGAUUUGCAGCUCAUGUAAGGAGCUCUGUCCAAUUUAGGAAAUAUCCGAAAACCUUUCAGCUAAUCGCAGGACUUCUGCACAUAAUGGAGUAAUGCAUAUUCUGUCUACAAUUUAACAAGUUACAUCUAGAUUUGUGGGUCAUGGUAACUGUGCCUCCUCUUGAUUCCUCAUAUUUUGCAGUCUCCCUUUCACAGACUGAUCAAUGAUGCUAUAGAUGUGUGCACGCAUGUGUAAAUGCAAACCCUAAACGGUCCAUUGUCUGCAUGAGUAGUUACUUUAUUCAAAUGAGACUUGCAUUGCAUUAUUGAAACCCCAUAAAAGUAAUGUAUUUUUCCAGUUAAAUCUUUGUGUAUACCAGGGGUGCUCAAAAGGUAGAUCCCAAGGUGUUGUAAAACUACAACUCCUAUGAUGCUUUUAGAAUGACAAAGCUGUAGUUUUAAAACAUCUAGGGAUCUACCUUUUGGGCACCUAUGGUGUAUACCAUCUAUAAAUACUACCUACAAUGCAAUAUUCUUCUUUGCAAAACAGGUGCAUAAAGUUCAUGUAAUCUAUGCAUUUUCAAGAAGUUUGUCUUGGAGCUUGUCUCCAUUUAUGAAGGGACAAUUUAAUUCUGCAUACUUGGGUGGGCUGCUUUCUGGUCCAGUUUGUAAAUUAAAUGUUUUUUUUUUAUAUUCUUGCAGGACCGAAAGUAAAUAAAGCCAAGGCUCAAGCUGCAUUGGAAAGACUGCGAGGCACAGAACAAGAGAGACUUUUAAACCACUAACUUAACUUCCUGCAUCACCCAUGACCCAAACGCUUGAGGACGACGUGUAAGAGCUGGGAGAGGUGCUGCACAAAAAAAAUGAACUAUACUGGCGCAGCCAUUCAUCUCAGGAAUACUUGAUUCCAUGAAGCAGUGUUAGGGAUUUAAAAAGAAGUGGCUAUUUUUGGGGUUUGUACAUAGAAGUUACAUUUUGUUAAGAAUGGGGCAGGUUACAUUGUUCCAUGCCAUGUUUAAUUUAUGGGGAGGUUUGUUUUAUAAAUGCAAGAAUCAGUGCAAGUUUUCCAGCUGCUUUAUUCCAGAAAAUGAUUAUUCAUCAGAUGUAUAUUUUAGUAAUUAGUUUGAUAACAAAACAACAUUUUUGUAAAGAAACACAUUUUUGUAAUAGUAGCCGAAGCUGCAUGAAAUUUAUUAGUGUAAUAAAUACUUUAUACAGUUUUUUUUUUACGCCGGGCCAGAUUAGGUCAUAAAGCAGGAAGUUUCAGCAGUGCCUGCUCUCCAAAAGUCUUUUUGAAGGAAGCCACGUGUUCCUCACAGUGUUCACCUGUAGGAGAAGAAUGAUCCACAAUGGAGUACACAGCUGCUAACAAACAUGCAUGGCCAAUGUACAGUGUUUUAAUGAAAUGAUUACAUAUGCUCACCUAUGGUGGUUUUAUUCACUCAACUGCAACUUGAAUUGCACAAUUUAGACCAAACUAGCAGAGCUGUAACCAUUAUUUCUCUUGAGUCACAGCUUGGCUAAUUUAGCCUGAAUAUUGCAACUAGGUUUCUAGUUAUAAUGCCCUCAAUUUACCUUCUUCCACAAGUUUUAAAGGGAUGUCAAGAUUGGACUGUAUUGUUCAUUGGAAUAAAAUAUUAAUUAAUGUCCUGUUUUUGUUUUCACCAUGGGAAAUAUUGGUCAGGCAUGUUCAUCUCAAUAGAAAAUGAGGGUUAUUCAAUAAAUAGAUUUGUGACUUGCAAAUUUCAGACCACAUUAAUAAACUUGGGUAGUUAUUUGGGUUUAAACAUAACUGUGUUUCCACCAUCUCCAAUAAAUGUAAUGUUAAUUUUAUCAAGUCCCAAUAUGGUUCCUGUAUCAGAUCUACCAUAAACCUUUUGAGAAAACUGAUGCAUACAACAGAACCCAGGGUUUCAUAAAUUAGGAUUUAUCCACAUUCUUUAUACCUGGGGUAAAGUUAGGGUUUCCACGCAGACGCUGGUUGCGUUGUUCAAAGAAACGGAAGACUGUAUAGAACAGUGUAUCAUCAUUUGCCUGCUUAGCAGCAUCAAGGAACUUGCGUGCCGACGCAUUGUCAUGUCCUCCAAUGCCCCGUAUAAACCUCAUAGCAGCCAGGACUUGGUGUUUGGACAAGAGAACCUCUAUGAUCUCAUCAUUGGCCGUGGAGAGCCUCUGCGAA